AUGGCGUUGUUGGCGCUCAGUUUGCUAUCACUGACAGUCAGCUCCGUUUUAUCUGCCCGGAUUGUUGGCUUCAUGGCCCUUGGAGGAUCUCAGUAUAUUAACAUGAAGCAUAUCAUGGAAGAACUGGCUUCCCGGGGCCACCAGGUAGAUAAAGAGUCAGUGGUUUUAAUAUUCCAGAAUAUUCAUGCGACACAUUCAAGUUGUAAACUUAAUACUGCAGAGGGCUUCAUUGAUACAAUCUCUUGAAAAGAUGUCCCAAAUACUAAAGGGGGUAUUAUUUUGUUAGAUUAUUUCUUUCCUAUUUUAAAAGGUUUGUAAACAACGUUUGAUUUUAGGAAAGGCCACUUUAAUGAAAAACUCAUCGAUCAGGUUAUGGAACAUCAGAAAGCCGAUUCGAUCGCAUAAUUUAUCUAUUGUUUUUACUCUCAUAUUUCAUGCAAAUGACUGUGUGCGUUUUCAUGACUUAACUGGAACGGACAGUGGUUUCUUGCUAAGUAAAAAUUAAAAGCAUUUUAAUGCCUUGUCCUACGAACAGGGGCACCCAACGAGAAUUUAGUUCAAAACCGCUAAAACAUAGCAUUGUUAAACGUAUUUUGGUAUUUAAACGGUAGAUAUAGGGAUAUUUUUAUCCCCUAAAAAUUUUUCAUCUGUUCGGAUUUCCCAGCUGAACGUCUAGUGAUCCGAAAAUUAUAGGGAUCAAAACUUACCUUUUCGAAAAUUUCAGCCAGAAAAAAGGCUCCCGAAAAUUCUAGGUGACCUUUUUAGGGUAAAAAUCCGUUAAAAAUAGGCAAUUAUACCAUAUUUUAGAUGUUCGAAAAUCUUAGGAGAGGCAGGCAAGCAAGAAAUCUUACAACAAAUGUGCGAAAAUUCUAGAUCUCAAAUCGUCUUCCGAACAGAUAUUUUUCCGAAAAUUGUCGUUGGGUGCCCCUGUACGAACAGCACACGGGCUCCUAAUUAUUAAUUACAAUCUUGCGUGACAAACCGGUCGGCAACGCAAAAGUUUUCCCACACGCAAAUAAAUGAUUGCCACCGACCAUAAACGUACUACACUGUAGAUAUCGGCAUCUGUAUGAUUAAUAUCGGUUAGCUUAAGGUGAUUUUACCCAGGACUAUUCGCAACGACUAUGUUUAGCGCAAAACCGCGUUGCAAUGUUGGAACAGUGUUGCAACCAUGAAACAAUGUCGCAACAAAGUUGCAACGCUGGGCUGCGCUAAAAAUCGUCGUUGCGAAUCGUCCCGUGUAACAUCACCUUUAGAGCAGCAAUCGGUACUGACAUUUAAGGUGGUUCCAUAGUAAAAGAACCUAACAUAGAUUUUAGCUAAAACUUGGUACACUGAUGUAACAAGUCAAGAAGAUGAUAAAAAAGUAAUAAAAAGUGGGGGUCACCGUGCUCGUUUUGACGUCACAAUGCUGACAAAUACGGCUAUUUAGGACCCUUUUACAAAAACCGCGGGCAGCGCAAAACUAGACAAAAAGGAGAGAUUUUUUCGAUGAUGCAUGUGACAUCACACAGAAUUUGACUUUUAUGUAUUGUUUAUCCACUUACGUACCAGAAAAAUGCCCUUUAAUGCCCUUGUUUUUACUUUACGCUCCAAAGUAGAAUUAAAUUGGACGCGCGCUUUUCGACCCGUGAUGGCUCAAUCCGUACAAUUUAGUAAAAUUGCCAAAAAACUGAACAUAGAUUUGUGCCAAUUUUUUUCUCAUCGAAAGGAAGCACUGUCCUUAUUAAAAUCAUGAAAUAAAAAAUGGGGGUCACCGUACUCGUUUUUGCGGUAGAGCUGCAGAAAGUGCGCACCAAACGCAUUUUCUCCGAUUUUUGAGAGAGGACUGGGGCGAGUUUCAAAAUAGAAUGUAUGUGAAAAGGGGAAGAAAGUAUUAAAAAGUCCGUUUUUACAGAAUUUACAUCGAGAUAUCACAUUUAGGACACAAUGUGGUAAAGAAAGUGUUUAAAUGAAACUCAAAGUGAGUAAGCACAAGUUAAACAUCCACUAUCGAGGUUCUCCGAGAGGAGGUCGAACUCAGCAACACGCGUACUGCUUACGUUAUGCGCAUUCGCAACGCAUUGAGUCUCACCUCGGCAAGAAACAACAGCAAGCAAAAAUUCCAAUAGCGUUUCUCUUCAGUCAACUUCAUUUUAAUAACAUUACUUCACGUGCUCUUUUUUACGGUGGCCAUCUUGUUAUGCGCAGUAAGAGAUGCGCAGUGCAAAACUAGGGAAUCACCUUAAUGUAAAUGCGUGACUUGAGUCACGCUCUACAUGAUUGUCGGUUUUUCUCAUAAGUUUGGCUCCAAGACUGAUUAUUUUUUAGAACAUUCUAUAUGACAUAAUUUACUCCGCAAGCUGAAUCUAUUGGAGGCAAAAUUAACGGGCUACUUACAGGCUUAAAUAUGUAGGGACAAAAUUCAGUGGAGUGCAAUGUUGCGUUUACAUUUCACGCUUGUGAAAUGGGAAAAAACAAACGCAAGCGCAAUGCAAGGAAAAAAAAUUUUUUUUUUACCGCUUAUCUAAAGUAAUUAUUGACUUGAACUACUGCGAAUCAAAAACGUUGCUUAAAGAAAUAAGUCACUUUCUUUCGAUUCAUUCAGUUGAAAUAACUGGUGUCUGAAAUAUAACUUGUUGUAAUACCCAAAAUUGAAAAUAAACAAACCAAUCACCUGACAUUUGGAUUUACUUUGAUUUAAGGUCAAUGCGUGAGUGGAAGCAUCAUCGGAGAACUCGUUUGUAAUUCAUAGAUUACUUUUCGUUUGCAUACUUGCUACACAAAACUAUCUAUUGUUUAAAAACGAGCCUGUAUUUUUGGUGGAUUAGCGUGUAUAAAUUCAGAGCCACACUGCGCACCGCCCCUUACACAUGAAAGCACCUAUAUUUGGUUUCACGUGACUAAUCGCUGACAGGGACCCCUCUCGCGAAAAGGAGACCAAUCAUGAUUUCAAGGUGGCUAGCACAGCAGAAAAAAGACAAGGUAAGCAAGGUAACUCGUGCUACUGUAUAUUGGUACCUGCUGAAUUUUUAUUCGAGCCUUGCCAAAAUGUUCGCUUGUGUAGAUGAUUUAAGGAAUGGUAACUGGAAAGUAAAAUAUUGUUGUCCAUAAACUAUACUGCGAACGUGGUUCAAUGGACCGGUUUUAUAGACAGCGUGAGUGGCGUUGGUGUCUACCCACAAUAAUAGGGUCAGAGGGCGCUUAAGAAUUAAAAAUCUACGUUUAAAUGAACUUGAGUAGAUAGGUGGAGCUUGAUUGUCCACUGGAGGUGGUCCUGAAUUGGUCUGUUGUUGACAAUGACUGAUGCUUCGCUGCUACUGUAAAAUACUUUUUUUCUUAUUAAUAGGUGUCGCUGCUGGUUCCAUCCUCCCAAAAAAUUAAAUCAAUUGAGAAGGUGCCACACAAAAUGUACCAGGUUCCUCUCAAACCUGACUACCUCGACGCUUUCGUCAGGCUUGAAAUGGAGGGAUCUUGGUUUCAGGCCAUUAAGAGUCACUGACUCCAAAUAUCGAGAAUCGCUGGACAGGUUCGAAAAAUCGAAAACCCUGAAACUUUGCCUCAAGAACGCUUUUAGGGAGAUGUCUUCGAAAAUGUUAUUCCGAUUUUCUAAGAAUUUAAUUCUUAGAAAAUCGGAAUAACAUUUUCGAAGAUAGCUCCCUAAAAGCGUUCUUGAGGCAAAGUUUCAGGGUUUUCGAUUUUUCGAACCUGUCCAGCGAUUCUCGAUAUUUGGAGUCAGUGACUCUUAAAAGAGGAAGGGAACUCCAAAGUAUCAUAUGCGAAGGGGCUUUAAACAGCUCAGAAGUACUGGCGAAGUUGAAAGAUUUUGACUUGCUCGUUUACGAAACUCCCAUGGGAAUGUGCGGUCCGCUGGUUGGUGAGCUUCUUGGCAUUCCGCGAGUGGAAAUUUUGAUCUCCUCACCGAACACCCCGUUUGGUUUUGACCACAUGUUUUCCAUGCCUGUCUCCUAUGUCCCGCUGAACAUGCUUGGAUUCUCUGAUGAGAUGACGUUUAUGGAACGAGUUAUUAACUUGGUUUCGUAUCUUAGUUGCAAGCCAUUGUUUGAUGUUGUUUUCGGUACUAUACUGAAUAGUCUCAAGGUUAAGUACAAUGUUAAACCUGAAAGAAGUUACCAGGAAGCUCUUGGGGAUGCUGAACUGGUUUUGAUUGCAGCAGAUUUUGCGUUGGAGUAUCCUCAACCUCUGUUACCAGGUAUGAAAUGCCGUCUAUCAUAAGUAACGUAUUCGAAGUAAGCCACAGUGCAACUAUACUCGAUUAAUUUUUCCCUUUUGGCUUCAAUAGGACGUGUAAAAGGUUAUUGAAAAUUCCUUCGCUGGCUUUAAAAGCUUACAAUCCUUUCCAUUAGACUGCGAGCAGUCUCUCUUUUUCUUCAGAUUUAGUUAGCGGGGUGCGCUCGCGGGCGAGCGUCGAGCGGCGAAGCCGCGAGACGCGAGAAACGAGGGCGCCAGCACGAGAACAAAAAAGAGAGACUGCUCGCAUAGCCAGAGCAAAUGAGCUAUAUGCGUUGGCCUCACAGCACAAAAUACGAUUGGCUGAUGCGUGAAGCGUUGACAAGGAACUGUCAACAAUCGAAACCAUUGACAAGUUGAUGAUGGCUGAAGCACUGCAGGAAUGUUUUACAUGUUCCCGAAAAUAGAAAAAAGAAUUAGAUAUAGAGCAAAAAGAAGCAUUAGAAGGUCUCAUUUCUCCGGGUACGUGACGUGAUCGCAAUUUAAAUGCUCAAGGCCUCUCUUCGUUGACGAGGAGCGCUUUUACUGGAAGACUGUUAGACUGUUUAUUUUAAAAAGCUACUACCAAAUAAUUACCCACUACUAAUUACCGACGGAUGCACUCCAGGUCAACGAGCAAAAAACAAAUCGACGCCCGAAGAAUGAUUCUGAGUGACUUGCAGCGCAGCGCUUAGUUUUAGUUAAGCCGUAUUAGGAUAUGUACAACACUACCCGGUGAGAAUUUAACAUCCCGCAAACAAGAAAAGAGCUAGGCCCCGGGUUCAAAACAUAAACAACAGGAAAUGACUUAUUAAUAUGCGAGAAAUAGACCAGCUUCAUGACCUCUAAAUGUGAGACUAGCGCCAAAAUUAAGAUUUGUUCAGUCAUUUAGUUUAGAAUCGACUCUAUGCACUGCAUCAGCCACGCGUUAAAAAGAAAAGAAAAAAAACCUCUGAUGUUCAAGCAAACUCUAUGGUCACGUUUCACUUGCUUAGCCUGUCAACACUUCAGUUUUCACGCCAAAAAAACACUAGACCAAAAAAGACCAUUCUCUCUGGCUUUGCGGGUAGUCUCUCUUUUUUCGUACCUCCCGUCUGAUAUCACUCAUCCCUGUAAAAAAAUAUACGGGGAUGCAAGAUACGGCUCCCAUAACAUCCGUUCACCCGCGGCCCAUACAUUCAGGCUCCAGUCUGUACUGAGAGUGCUUUCCUCUACCGAUUUACCUUUGCGCACCAACAUAGCCGCUGUUUGCUAAUUGUAACACACCAGUAUAGCCGCUGGGACGUCAUGUGAAAAAGCUCCAUUUGUGUCCCAAGUUUCUGAUUGUCAUAGUUUUUUUAUUUCUUCAAAGAUUUGGAGGAGUAAAAAAGUCGAUGGUGGUGAGAUACCUCAUUUAAGCCUUAGACGUUCACUAUGAUUUAGCUUAUUUCGGUACUAGAUAUAUAUACUUCUCCCUGAAGUGUUUUGUGGGAUGGGGCGUUUGCUAUUCACCCAUGAUUUCGGAAAUGUCGAUGGAAAUCUCCAUCGGAUGAAGGAAGCGUGUUAUUCAAGGUCCAUUCGUUCCCUUCCACUAAAAUUCAUAAUGGCCGUACAUACAUGGUACGGAAAAACUCGAAACUGGUGAAACGAUGGAAAACACGUUAAUGGAACAGGAAUUUCUACUGAAAAAGUUUCCAGGGGAAAAAGAAGACCAUCAGUUAAAUUAUGUUUUAUUAAUUCCACUCAUCCCUGGGAAAUUUCCAGCGGUACGCCCGAAAAAUACCUGAAUUUUCCGUAUCUCUUGGUUAAAAUAGAAGGCGUCCUUUAUUAACAGCUCACCGGAUGGUUGGACCACUUAAUGUCAAAAGUGAUGUUAAAUCUCUACCUCGUGAUCUCGAAGAAUUUGUUAGUGGUUCAGGAGGGCAUGGUUUUAUCAUUGUUUCCUUUGGAUCAAAUGUGGCUUCCAUUCUUCCUCGAGACCUUGUAGAUAUGCUUGCAACAGCUUUUGGAAAGCUAAAACAGCUGGUGUUGUGGAGACUUAAAGGUAACUUAUGUAUAUUUGUAAAUUAUCCUUGGUUUUGUGUGAAAUCAGUAAGAUAUGAGAUUCUCUCGUCAGGUCAUCAAGAAUUUACUGGCAAAUUCUUUCUUGCAGGCUACAUCCCAACCUUUCUUGCUAAAAACAUCAAAGUUAUGGAUUGGUUACCGCAAAAUGAUCUAUUGGCUCACAAAGAUAUCAAGGCGUUUGUCUCACACGUGGGUCACAACAGUCUGUAUGAGUCUGCAUAUCACGGGGUUCCCUUGGUCUGUUUCCCACUGUUUGCAGAGCAGCAUGCAAAUGCCAAAAAAGUGGAACAUUUUGGACUCGGUUUAGCGGUGUAUCACGAACAUACUAAUGCCCAUCUACUUUCUGAAACGAUUAAGCUGGUUGUAAGCGAACAAAGGUAAUUUCCAUUUCCUUUUGAAUUUAUUUAUUAACGAUUCGUCCUUUGAAUGGACAAAAGCGUUUGAGUGUCGAAGGCUGAAUUCGUUGUACUGCAUCAAAUAGUUACGUCUAGUCAUAAAUAAAUUAAAUUUAAUACUCUUUAAAUGAUGACUCCAUUGGACGUUUCAGUGGCCAAUAACCUUUUCACUUUGGUUGCGAAGUAUCUUACUAUUAGCAGCUGUUUUAACACAGAACUCGUGUGAUACACUUAAGAGUUUCGGAUGAAGUAAGUUUUUCUAUUCCUCCGUUUCCACAGCUACGUUUUUAACGUUAUUACCGUCUCUAUAUUUCCUCCUCAAUUUCUUUGAAAUGUGAAAGCUGAAGACUCGUGUAUAGUUUGCCUUACAAAAGUAACUGUUACUUGUCUUGAGUUUUGACCGCGCACUGCUUGUCUUACGUUCAUUACAUCAGUUCACAUGAGCUGCGAGCUGAAUUUGAAAUCGACUCAUUUGAAGUGAAACGUUGACCCAGUUAAGUUCGGCUCUUUAUUCUGAUUUGGAUCGGCUGAGGAGUUCUGUGUCUGGCCAAGUCGCUAAACAAAUAGACCGGCUCGCUAAUUUUGGUCGAUUCAAGCUGUGAUUAAGCACGACUCAUUUGAAGGACGGCGUUUGACCUAUGCCUUAAAGGCUACCAAUUCCCAAAGGAAGCUUUGCAGUAAGGUAUAUGCCUUCUGGAAAACUCCGUUAACUACUAUUCGCACCAGCCCAACCUGCAAUUCUACUGUGCUAAAACAUUUCUAAUUAUACCUUCCAGACAAACUGUACCACCACCUCCACCACCAAAUUUUGCAAUUCUUAAAGAUUAAUCGUCAACCAUUUAGUAUAGUUCAUAGGUGGAUCGUGGAUGGUCCAUGGACGCUUCAUAAUCCUUUACACAAAAGGAAGUAUAUGACUGGUUUCAUACAGUAGACUUGUUCGGAUACAACAUGCCAAUAAUAUUAAAAGAAAGUUCCUCUUCUCUAGAUUCAAGCAAACUGCAAUGCGUAUAUCCAGCUUGUUAAAAGACCGUCGACGCGCUCCUCUACAAGAGGCCUGUGACUGGAUAGAGUAUGUACUGAGACAUGGAGGAGCCAAGCAUCUUAGACCUCAAGUGUUUUACACUCCUUGGUAUCAGUAUUAUUUGUUUGACGUCAUUGCUUUUAUUGUUACGGUGAUUAUUUUGGUUGCUAUAGCGAUGAGGUUGAUAUGUAGAUUCAUUUGCGGUCUGUGCUGUAUGAGAGAAGGAAGCAAAGAGAACAGGGGGUGAAACGAAUCAGAGUGGCUUGGAACACUGAAAAGUCAAUGUUUAAGAAGGUAUAAUUGUAGUCACGGUUUGGCUUUGAAAAACGGAGACAACUGUCUGCAAGGUGUGUCAUUUUUAUAUGCAAUGUAAUGUUAGGUACCGUUUUGGUGCCCACAGUUUUAGCUAUCGCAAAUAUUACCUAACAUAACAUUACGCAUAAAAUAUGACACACCUUGCAAAAUAUUUUUACGCCUGUUUCCUAGACGCAUUACCACGUGGUUUGUCCUUCCUAUACACAAAUCCGUAGGAGUUUUGUAUCCAGUGUAAAAUUACGUUCGUUGUGGCUAUAUAUACAAGCAUUUUUAGUUGCAUUUUAAAACUCCCUGAUAAAGUCCCUAAAGAUAGGGUCGGUUAUUUAAAGGGGUUUAGCCCGAAUUUAAAAAUACCGCGUUUUAGCCAUGCAUUUCCAGUUUGCUCGACGCUUUUAUCUAAACACCAUUUAUCGCGAACAACUUCAAUAAAGCAUAUAGCGUAGACUGGAAAAGCACUUAUUUUCGUAAGUAAAUCCAUUAACAAAUUAUCGUUGUCGAAACGUCAUAUUUUCAUCCGGUUAUUUUCUGUGCUUUAAUGUUCUUCUUCUUUUUUUCUAAUAAUUUAUAAUUAGUUUCUCUUUAUUUAAUACCUGUUUAAACUUUAACUGAGAUCUUUUUAUUCAGACUGGGUGAAGAAAUUGGUACUUGAUCCUGUCUUCAUGGUUGAAACAACACAAAUCAAGAUACUUUGUCAGUGCAAAAAUUUUAACGUAAAACACAAGCUUUCAAUUUCAUCGCCAUACUUAGAUUCCCAGUCCGACAAAAUCGAAAGCUUGUGCUAGGAUGAUUCUAUGAACAAUUCCUGAGGAUAAGAUGCCUUUGUAUUUUGUUGUCUUGGAUUUUGUUAUACACCAGCUUAUUCGUGUUGUAUAUAUCUUGGACAGACUUUACGUACAGUAUAUGUACAUCUCUUUUAAGGGAUUUUUUUGUAUUUUGUUCAAAUAUACCAUUUUCGUAUUCUCCGCAAAACGCGAAAAACUAGACUCGUUUGGGAUGAUUCCUUAUUUUUAGAUCACUAUACAGCCUACAACAAAAUAAUAAGUAACAAUCUUUAAAACGUCGUCGUUUAUAUGUAGAGAAAAGGUGUUUGAGCUACCCUGGCAAGCCAACUUUUCCUACAUUCCCUCAUAAAACUUGGCAAACCGUUUACAUGAGAAACAAAAGGUAGGCUCGGCCAGCUUUUACGAUAGUUGGGUCACCCACCUGGUCGGGCAAACUUUUUUCCAUUUAAAAAUCUUCGCUCGCCCAGCUGGGCAAACUUGAUCAAGGCAGGACGAUCAGAAGCAUGUGCGAACUGAGCGUAGCGUUGGCUCAGGCAAAGAGCUCAUAGAAGCUCUCUCUAAAGUUGACUCGGCUGGGAGGUUUACUCUCUUUCUCGGGUCAAAUUCUCUCCAUAUAAAUGGGCCUAAUAUAGUCUGAGAUACAUGUAUAAGAUACAUGUAAUUUAUAGAUUUGGCCAGGGCUAAAAGCGAAGCUCUCGUCACUUGAUAUUAUUAUAAUUUACUCAGAAAAUAAAAUCGUGUAAUGCCAAACGGCGAAGGCGACGAAGAACAGCAAAAAAAUCAGUAGGUCUAAUUAGCAAAAACAAACCAACAACUUUGCAAGUGUAGCACCCUUUUUUUGGAAAUUUCUUUGCCGUUGUUGUUGCAACGUGAAUCUUCCUCGUCACACGUUCCUGCUCCUUUUUUUUUUUUUUUCUCUGCCGCUCUUUUUCCCCUUGCUGGCCGCUGGCAUUUUUCCUUUUUUCACCCCCGCUAUAAAAUUUUCUUGCUGAUUUUUCAAAGAAUUUCGCUUGUAUCCUUUGUUUUUUUUUCGUUCCUGCUCCUUUUUUUUUUUUUUCACUGCCGCUCAUUUUCACCUUGCUGGCCGCUAGCAUUUCUCAUUUUCUCACCGCCGCUAUAAAAUUUUCAUGCUGAUUUUCCAAAGAAUUUCGUCUGAAUCCUUUGUUUUUUAUCUCUCGCUCUAGCUCUCUGUCGCUGUUUUUCUCGUUGAGCUUCGCUAGCAUGUCGCCUACCUUCUCGUUUUCUCUGUCUUUCUUUUUCUCAUGUUCCAAAUUUGUGGACUUGACAAUUAAUCUAAGUUUAAUACGUUAGACAACACGGAUACAGAAACAAUUUCCGCUUUCCGUUUUGUCUUUAUUGACUCUUUAAUUGUCUCUGCUUCACAAGACGCCGGUGGCCAUGCAAUUUCCCGCCAAAAAACCGCGAGUUGCAUUUGGGUUGCCAUACCUGUUGAUUGAGUUAUUUCACUUUGGUAUACCUGUGUUGCAGAUGGCCGGACGGACGUACGGUCACAUGACUACAAGUUACUACAAAAUUUCUCGGAUGCAUAGAUAACAAACUUUUCUUACCCACGGUGCACCGCUGCGCACGCCUCGCGCGCGAGAGAGCCCCGUUAUAACUUUGUUAAGAGUAAUUCUUUAGCUUAUUAGUUUCACUUUUUAGAGAUUAAAUUUAAUGUUCAUUCUGAGUUAAUAAGUCUUAGGUUUUAGCAUUUUCUUAGAUUAACCAUGCUUUUAGCUUAUUCUUCAUCAUUCUUAGUUUUUAGCGUAGUAAUUUUAUUUAAUUUUUAAUCUUUGUGAAGCGCGUCGAGUAGCUAAUGUAUGUGUGCUCUAUAUAAAUGUACUGUUGUCAUUAUUAUUUUCAUUAUUAUUAUUAUUAUUAUUAUUAUUAUUAUUAUUAUUAUUAUUAUUAUUGUUAUUACUAUUAUAUUUUCCUACAUUGCGGAGAACUCGAAAAUUGUUCCAUAUUGUUUAUUUGAGCAAAAUGUCGGUUAUAUAUAUAGACGAUUUUUACGUCACCGAUUUGGAACAAGCAAAUAUCAGAAUUUAUAUGAUAAUGUCACCUUCUACUUAUACCAAGUCAAAUUUCGUGGUUACUUAAUAGCAUUAGCUGCAAAAUACUUAAUGACUUAAUCAUUACUGAGUCAAGCAUCGCCAUUAUUGAAAAAAUAUUAAGUGCAAAUUAAGACGGAAUCCACCAGUAAUUUUAAUUUUCAGUGUAUAAAAACCUUGUACCAGAAUAGUUUAAACAAUAUUGCAUUUUUUUUCACUUUUCAAGGGCUAUAGACAUAAUUAGUUAUCUACAAAAUCACCAAAGACAAUUUCUCAUGGGAGCCCGAGAAAAUAAAUGUCAAAGUUCUCAAGAAUUGUGAAAACACAGUUGAAAUUCAGAAAAUUUUAUGUGUAAGAUGUCAUUUUGGGAAAUUUUACAUUUAGUUUCUCGGGCUCCCAUAAGAAAUUUUCUUUCGUGUUAUUUCAGAUAACUAAUUAUAUCUAUAGCCCUAGCCUGCGAGGGCAUCCGGUUUAUUCGGCUUUAGUUUCUAGUUUUUCGGAAGGAGAUCGAGAAGCGACGACCGGAGAUACGUCUUCGGUUCGCAGGCUACUAUAGCCCUUGAAAAGUGUAAAAAAAGAAUGCAAUAUGCUUUAAAUUAUUCUGGUACAAGGUUUUUGUCCACUAAAAUUUAAAAUUACUCAAUUUCCUGAUGGAUUCCGUGGUAACCUCUUAUAUUUACCGAGUUAUUAGCUCUGUAUUAUCAAAAACCCAUUAACGGCUAAAGACUGUAAAUACUGAGUAUAACCUCAUUAAGUCGUAUACAGCUGUUUCAACAAUUAUUUUGUCAAAAUCGUAAUUUUUAACUAUAUAAGGCCUCUUUUAUAUGGAGAAUCUAUUGAUAAUAAUCCAGAUUACCUUUCGGAAUUGCCGCGAGCACUUUUGCGCUUUUUUUCUACAGUCGUUCUCGAAACAGCUUUGUAUACAGAGUCAGACUUUUCCGUAAGUGAAAAAAUGAUUUACUGCGAAGUAUGCACGCCUUUUUAUAUCGCCGUUUAUAUACUGCAAAAUCAUUGCAUUGUUCUGUAUCGGCCCAAAUGCACAAUACCGAAUUGCCAAUUCCCAAUGCCUAAAGCAACCUUUAUUGAAUCAGCUAUAUGCCAUCUCUGAUUCACAUAACGACUCCCACUCCCACUCCAACAGCUUUGUAUGUGAAAACUAGCCUUAACGCACAAAAGCAUAAAGAUGGCGUUGUUGGCUCUGAUUUUGCUAUCAUUACCGAUCAGCUCCGUUUCAUCGGCGCGGAUUGCCGGCUUCAUAGCCAUUGGAGGAUCUCAUUACAUUAGCAUGAAAAAUAUCCUCGAAGAAUUGGCUUCUCGGGGCCACCAGGUAGAACAGACAAUACUAUUUUUUCGUACGUUAUUCUUACAACCUAUACACGUUCAGAUAGAGUUUGGUGUUGCUAAAUUGAAGGAGCACUGAAGAGACGAACCAAAUAGAUUUUAUGACUCAAUAUAGAUGUGCUGCCAAUAUACUCGGAGUAGUCAAUCGAUAAAAAUCGGUAGCAAUCAAGUGAUUUUUAUCGAUUGGUGACGGAAAUCGGUGAAAAUCGAUAAAUGAAACAAGUGUGUCAUCGAUUUCUACUGAUUGAUCGAUGCAAUCGAUAUCAACCAAAUCAGAUUUACCGAUUUUUAUCGAUUUAUUGAUGGAUAAAUCGAUACCGAUUUUUAUCGAUUGACUACUCUUGGUUAUAUAACGUUAUAGCAAAUGUGCAUAAUCACUUUUAUUAGUUUUCUCAGUUACAAAACGUAGUGCAACUAAGCAUAUUUCUAAUUAAAAAGCCAAAAUUGUAUCCGGUUUAGACGUCGAAUAUCACAAUUCAGGGAUGAAAAGCGUUCGUGAAGUAUACGUAGAACUCAAUCAAAUUCGACAGUUUUUAAUUAAUAUUACACUUAGAGUGAUUUUACUUGAACCGUGAAAUAGAUACUAACAAAUAGUGUCCAAUAGCAAGAGGUAAACAAAAGAAUACAAUAUAAUACAAUACAAUAUUCACCUCUGGCUCAGUUGAUAUUGUAUAACUCAGUUAACAACACUGUAAUUGCCUGAUGAGUGUGGUCAUUUUUGACCAUACGAGACACAAUUGAUACGAAAUAAUAUCGUCGCAAUAAAGCGAUGAACUACCUCUGAAGUCUAGAACAAUGUUUCUUUUAUAUUUGUCUGUGUAUAUAAUAUUUGAGGGUGUCCGCAAUGACGUCAUUAAGAGACAAACUUGGUCGAUGUUGUUUUUACUGCUUUUGCGGACGUUUUGGCGAUCAAGAAAUGCAAGACGGCAAUGGACCAGUUGUUUCAAAAUAAGAGCGACAAUCGAAAUAAAAGAACUGUACAUUUGUCAGAGCGUCUCAUUGACGAGUUUGCUUAGGUAAAGGUUUGCCGAAGAACAAUUGCCUUCUAUCAAGUAUUUUUUCAGCAGGGUAGGGUGGCUUUGGGCAAAUGAUGUAUCGGUCACCAGAAAGGUCACCUCAGGACUUCCGGGAUGGAAUUUUUUGUACAGUGCCCAGGCCUCAUUUUCUUGGCCGCGCGUUGAUCUGGCCCGGCUGCUUCGGCGAGCAUAUUCUCGGUCUGUUUGGAUUAUAUCCUUCAAGUUUGUCAAAGUCUGUGGGAUCUCGUGUCUCCUACCUUGUAUAUUAUUAUUGUAUAUAGAGUGAAUUUAAACAAAUUACUGCAAAUUAUCACGAAACUUCGUUGGAGCAAUAAGGACAACGACAAUUAACUGCAGAGUAAGUUUCAUUGAUCUUUAUUUAGUAUUUCCUUGAAAUUUUAGGAUGGUAUUUUUACCCAAUACAAACACCGUAAUUUUACUGGAACCGUACUGUGGUACUAUCACAGAGCCUGGGUUACCUGUGAUAUUAUCACACAUGGCGCUGAAAUGUGAUAAAAGAUUCGAAAUUUCAGCCAUCUUUGGUCGAUGAAAAAGUCUUCAAAAUGUGGGUACUUCUGGGUACUUCUUAGCCUGCACAGUAUUCAGGACAUCAUUUUUCUGGCGUGAGGUCCACGUUUGGAAGAUUUCAACAUAUUUUCCCAAAAUUCUUGAAUAUUCAUGACCUUGUUGUGGGUCACUGAACACUUUGUGAUGGGAAGACUAAUUGAAAGUAUGAAAACAAAUGUUUCUAUGUGGAAAUUCCGCUCUUAAGGCAUUGCAAAUGGGAGAAAUCAUGUCAAAUAACGAAGUAAUGCAAUUUUCUUACUUUUACUGGAAAUCGAAUGCGAAAAAAGCCGACGAGAAAACCACCUUAUUUCACGAUGGAAUCUGCCAUGACUGCGAUAUUGCGUGAUACUUCUGGAAAAAUGCAUCAUAGGAUACUAUUCGAUCGUCGUCUGGGCGUGGCACAUACCUAUAUAGCCUAUAUAAGGGACUACCCCACGGGGCGAAAAACGCGUUGCAGAUUAUGAGUCUAAUAACUAAGACAUUGAUUAAAGAAAAGAAAAAAACAACAGUGAAAGAAUUAAGAGUCCUCACUGCAGGCUCAGAAAUAGAACAAUUACUGUUUGCUAUGUUCAAUAUCCGGUCGGUUUGGAUGUUAUAAUCCCAUAAGAUUUUCACUACAUCGUCCUCUACCACCUUCUCCGGCCUACGGUGAUACACUUGCUAUGGAUGGAGCUACAUCAAGCCCAUACUUCUUGCUGAGACACCAGUGAAGAUGGAAGCAUACUUUAUCGUAACGCCACUUGUAAUCUUUUUGUGCUAGCAUUUUGCAGCCACUCACGAUGUGGGUUACUUUCGCUACUGUCUCGCCACAUAACCUACACCUGUCCGACUCUACCUGAUAAUAGAUGUUCUUUCGGACAGAGUUCGUGUUUAAGGCUAGGUCCUGAGGACCUGUCAAUAAACUCUAAGUGUCGCGCUUCAAGUUACCCUUUGAUAAUCAGUCCCACAAUUCCUCUGUCUUCAAGGCUUCGGUAUCCUUUUCAAACUGUCGAUGCAGUGGUAUAGCUUCCCUUAAGGUAACCUUCCCCACAUAAAUCUUUCUCCUUUAUAUAUCUUUCUCCUAUACUCCUACAUGCUUCACUUCUUGCAGCAUAUAGGUCCAACAACCUACCCUCACUGGCAACACUCUUCUACCCCAAUCAGACCCCGCCCCCUAACUUUCGGGACGUGUAAAAACGCAACACGUUAGCUCUAGGAUGGACCACACGUCUCAAACGUUGCCUGGUAUUCUAGCCUAGAAUAGUGAAACCGCGAGGGGAAGGUUUCAAUUCGACUUGCUCCCAAUCGGCACGCGAGUCCUCAACCAAAAAAUUACAUCCCGCAAGCUACGCAGGUUACUGGUAUUCCUGUCCAUCUCCUCAAGCUUCACAUUGGUCCACCCAAAACGCCUGCACUAUAUCUUAUCACCGCUACAGCCCACGUGUUUAUCGCCAUGAUCAAAUUACCACAGCUGAGCUUAGACUUCAAGAGUAACUUGAGUCUGCUCAUGUACGAAUCUUUCUCAACCUCCUUCAUUUUUCUGUCCAGGGUAGAGUCUAGUUCAAGUACUCCCGGGUAGUUGUAUCCACUCUUUUCUGGAUCACUUAUGGACGUUCCCUUAUUGGAAGAUUUAUCCCUCAAUUUUCUGUUCUCUUCCCUCUAAUGUCAACACAGCACAGUUUGCAAUACCAAAUUCCAUACCGAUGUUUUUGCAAUAAAGGCAUACAGUCUGCCCAAAUAGUCAAUUUGCGACUCGUUCUUUGCAAAGAAUUUUAGAUCAUUAAUAAAUAGCAGAUGGUUUACUCCAGGGCUCUUAACUUUUUUUCCAAACAAUACCCAAUGCUUACUUGUUGCAACACCAUCGAUAUCGGUAUUAAGGUAAUAACAAAAAGAACUGGCGAAAAGGAGUCCCCUUAAAAAAUGCCUUUUGAUAGAGAUAGAGCCCUGGUGUUGAUUGUCCGCAUACGUGUUGGUUUUCCCCAUGUGAAUGCGAGUUGACCCAAGGUCGGUGAUGUUAUUAGCAAGACCAAACAUCUUCAAACUGGAGCCCCCAUGUCAUUAUUAUUAUCAUUAUCAUUAUCAUUAUCAUUAUCAUUAUCAUUAUCAUUAUCAUUAUCAUUAUCAUUAUCAUUAUCGUUAUCGUUUCGUUAUCGUUAUCGUUAUCGUUAUCGUUAUCAUUAUCAUAAGUAGUAGUAGUAGUAGUAGUAGUAGUAGUAGUAGUAGUAGUUCGUCGUCGUCGUCGUCGUCGUCGUCGUCGUCGACGACGACGUCGACGUCGUCGAGCGUCAUCUCUUGAAUCCUUACGACAGGUGUAAUAUAAUAUUCAUCGUAUCCCGCGUAUUGUAUUGGAUUUGGUGAUGAGAAGCUAUACUUACAAGAAGAAAAAGUUCGGUAAGGAAACCUAAUACAACCCUAAUAUACCUAAUGAUAUGAUUCUCUCUACUUAUACUCUCAUUUUCUCUUAUAAACCUACACGGGACCAUCAUGAUGUGGUUAUCUCUGGUAAAAGCCUAUUUAGAAUAAUAUCAAACUCUUGUAUAACGUAAAACUUAAAAUCUGGUGUCCUUAGCGCCCUAACUAAGCAUUUAUCUCAAAUGUUCUGGCAAUGUUAAAAGUGUUUGAGAUGGCCGACUUUUGCAUCCGCUCAAGUAGGCCCCGUGCUCUCGCUCCUAGUAGCUUCCUCAGCGACUUCUCUAUGGGUUUAGAGCAACCACCCAGUAAGUCAAUUAUUACGCUGUACUGUUCAACCCUGUAACCGUAUCUCUUCUUCAGUUCCCACAUCAUGGGCCCAUACUUGAGUGUCUUUUCCACAUCUUUCUUGGCCCUACUCUCAGUCCAUGGGCAGCUCAUUUCAAUUGUGCAGACUUCUUUUCUUUUCUUCUUUUGCUCGCGUCGAUCCGAUUUGCUCUAACUUCGUUGCGCUCUGCAUAGGUGGGAAUAUCGCAAAAACGCCUCACUCGCGGUGUUCUGGUACGCUGGUUUUGGCAUCACAGGUGAGUACCAUGGUGAAACCUCUUCUCCCAUGCUCUCGCAUGAGCUCAAAAAACAGAAUCUUCAAAGCUGCAUUAUGGCUUUAUAAAUGUAGGUACUUGGUUUGUGCCAGGGAGGAACAUCCAGCCAGUACAUGUGCAACGCUCUCGGCUACCUUCCUACAUAACCUGCAUAGGACUUCGCCGUCGGCGGAGGUUUGCGUCUUCCCCUUUGUGUAGAACUUCGAAGGUAACAACUGCUCAUACAAUUCAUACAUGCUCACGAUGGUGUAUGUAGGGCAUGUAGCCCAACCUUUUAACCAUGCAAAGCAGCUGGUUAUGCUUAUGCUCUCGUCUUCUCAUCUGAUACGGAAUAACUUUUCUUGCCACUUUUUGUUUUCAGCGAUCUCCAAGAACUGUAUGCCUUGAGAUUUCUUCAACAGAUUUCCAGAUCUUGCUGUAGUCACCACCUUUCCUUCCGUUGUAACCCACACGGGAUUUAGGAUAUCUAGCUGAAGUGUGAUGUUCAGUUCUUCAGCGUACGUAGCUGCUUCCUUCACAAGCGACUGGUGGCUUGAUGCCAUGGCAUGUUCUUCUAAUUCUCUAACUGCUUCCAAAGUCUGGUCCGAAUUCUGAUACAGUUUCAGAAGCGAUUUGAUUUUAGUGAGCUUGUACUCGUGUUCGACUGAUCGCGGGGUCUCUCCCCUUUCUGCCUCGGUAGAUACAGCAAAGAAGUUAGGCUAGCUGUGUGCUUCCUACCGUUCUCAACUAUGAUCUUCCGAGCUGCUCUGUCCACUUCUCCCACUCUGUAAGAGUCCAAUGCUGUGUUUACAUUAAGUGGCGUAGCACCGGGCGUUCAUACAGAUUAGUUGCCUGUACCCGGUUACAGUCAAACGGGGGGCUGGAGCAUAUAAUAGCGGAGCUCUGGCGCGCGAAGCGCGCCUGCGCAGCACCAUGGGUAAGUAAAUCUACCCAUCCCAGAAAAUUUGGUAAUCACUUGACCGUACACCGCCCGCAGCCCGUCCGUCAGCAGCACAGGCAUACCAAUGUUUACUCUCACACUUUCUAGCUACUCUGGGAGCCCAGGAGAAAGCUGAUUGCACAUCAAUGUUGUCAUUAAUUGACAGUUGUCAAAGCAGGGUAUCCGCUGACCAGUAUCACCUAACCGUAUCGCGGGCUCAGGUGUCGACCCAUCAAGGUCGAGUAUUUUUUAAAGUUAUCCGCUGACAAUUUACUCGUUUUCAAAUUGUCGCAGGCUCACGUUUACUUUUUUUUCAAAUUCAUAUCAAAUAUGUUGUGUUUAUGUCAGUAUCUCCCCGCACUAUUACGAUUUUGAUUUCAAACUGACCUCAGACGCAAAAAUUCAGCCAGUUCUUUAAAAAUUCAGGCGGCGAAGACCUUUUCUAACCAUGGUCACGUGUUGGUUACGCUCCACGUCCAAUUUGUAUGCUCUGAUUUGUUGAAAGUUGUUUACUUUGACAGCUGAAGCUGACAGAGUUUUGAGUCAACUUGUGAUGUUUUUAACUGUCUUUUUCCACUGGAUGUAAAAAUUGAAAUACAGCUGCUAUCAAGAGUGUUCUCUUACUCAUGGCUGGUUUGUUUACUGGGUUUUUGGUUGAGAAAUGCGUCGCUUGUCAAAGCCGAUAAUCCGAUUUCGGAUGGCAUCGUUUUUGUUUUUCACCUUGCUGGAUGCGUACGAGAAUUUCUAAAGGCUCAAGCGAUCCUUGGCUUACUUGAUAGCUUUCAGGAGCUGCAUCUCGAAAUAUGGUAAGCCUGAGUAGUUAUUGUAUUUAUAUCUAAUUUCAUGAAGUCCAGCUGCGCAGUUUAUGAAGCUAGUUUAUGCACGUUUGUAUUAAGAUUUAACUGAGACACUGAUCUGACCUAGUAUGAGGUUUGAUAUAAGCUUAAGCUUACAGAACUCUUAAAAGCCUUUAGUCGAUAUUAAUUCACCGUAAAUAGAAAGAAAAAACUUUCCGAAGAAUAUUUAGUUAUAGUUUUGGCUAUAGAAAGAAAGCUUUGAGCGAUUUUCUUGUCGUGAGUUCAUCUUUGAAAAAAGCAAACACCGGGAAAUCGGCGGCUUAAAACAUAAACUUCAUCUUUAAGCUUACUAGUAAAGACUUGAGGAUUCUUAAAGACACUUAAAUACUCAUUUGUUUUCGUGAAUGAAAAUUGUUGUCUCUGUAAAUGUUCUACCGAUUUAUAUUUCUUUAUUGAUUGUUGGUAGUCUCAAAAAGUGUAAUUUUCAUCGCUUUGCCGUUCGUUUUCAGGCGUUCAUAAACAUCGCUUGCAGGAGUACUCAAAAUGCUGAGCGUAUCAAACGCUUUUUAAGAUUACCCAUCGUUAUUUAACCCAUUAAUUAAAAAUUGACUCAAUAAAUUCUUUAUCACGUUGAAGCGUAACUCUUUUAAAAUUUCUUCGCAAAUUUCGCGCUUGUCAAAAGUUAGAACCGGCCGGCCGUAUAGGUGAUUUUGGACAUUUUUUGAACGGUUUCGCUAAUUAAAAGUCCACGCGUGCUUCGAUGGUCCUGAGUAUUGAAUGAAUGCAAUUUGUCUUGAAAAAUUGUGAAAAACUGCAUUUUGUACGAGGUCUGUAUGAUAAAAACAGCGCCUCAUAGUACUCUUUCUCCUCAGAUGUGGUGUAUAAAAAAAAAUAAAAGAAUGGUUUGCAAGCACCCAGAUUUAUUGGCAAGAAUUUGUAAACUUGUCGAACGCAAAAAAUUCGGCCUGAUAUGUUUUCCACGCCUCAUCUACUGUGAUCAAGAGCCAUUAUUGCUCUUAAAUGUGACCGAAGACUAUUUUUUGGGUGUACAUAUAAGGCUAUAUCAACGCGAUACAAGAUUUGUUUCACUCCAAAAUCACUUACCUUUUCCCUCAAAAGUCACAUGAAUGUGCCCUUAAGUUAACUGAUUUGUGGAAUACAAAAUUAUUGUUUGAUUUAAGUUAUAAAUUUAUCAAUGGGAGCUUCGCUUUUAGCUGUGGCUGAAUCUAUAUAUUACAUAUCCUGCAUAAAUACUCUUUAGCCGCACGCGCCAGGGCCAGCCGUUCAUCCUGUGAAACGUUCUCUAGCACCUCAGGAAUUUGUAGUGUUUUCCUUCCCCAAGAGCCACGAUGGUGGUUGUCUUGUCCAUCCUCAUACCAGACUCGUUUAGCACUUGGGCUCCCUUCUUCACGUGUACCACUGAGUACUUUUUCUUAUUCCAGUGGAGGCUGAUAUCCUGCAUCGCUCCUCUAGUUUCCUUCAGCACUCGGUUCAGCUUGCCCUCGGAGGCAGCAAAAACCUUCAGGUCGUCGAUAGACAAGAGAUCGGUGACUUUGACUUCAAUAGGCUUGGAUAACCGAUAUCCCUCCGUUGCCCACAGAAGCGACGCCAGUGGGUUCAGACACAGACAAUCUGAUCAAUAAUACUUAUAACCAAUAGCCUGUUCCAGGCGUUCGGAUGGUGGGGAGCGGGGGCGUUCGGAUGGUGGAGAGCGGGCAAAAAAUUAGGGCGCCGGCGAAAAAUUGACGGGGGAAGAAAUAGGGCGGGAAAAGGGAGGGAAAAUUAAAUCACGAAUGCUAAACGGGGACGGCAAUAAAAAAGGCAUCAAAUCAAUAGAUCUAAUAAGCAAAAAUAACAAAUCAGCACCCUUUUUUUCUAAUUAGCAAAAAAGAAAAUUAGCACGUGCAGCACACUUUUUUGUCUUUCUUUGCCGUUGUUUUGCACGACUACAAUUACGUUUUGUACGUACAUACGUUACGUACGUACGUAACGGCAAACUUCCUAGUUACACAGUAAUUUUUAGGGAGUUAUUAUAACUUCAAAAAUGGAGUAAAAAUUUUAGGUACAGGAUAACCCCUUUUACCGGGUUACUUUAACUCCUAAUUUAACUCCAAAUUUGGGGUCAUUUUUACUCGUGAAAAAGAGUUCUUUUUACUCCCAGUCUGAAGUUAAAAUAACUCCGAAAAUGGGGUUAUUUUUACUCCUUACAUGGGUCUUUUUUACUCUUUUUGGAGUCACUUUAACUCUGAAAGUGGAGUAAAAAUUUUAGGUACAGGAUAACUCCUUUUUUGGGAUUGUUUUAACUCCUCAAUAUCUGGGGUCAUCUUUACUCCUGAAAAAGAGUUCUUUAAACUCCUUUUUGGAGUUAAAAUAACUCCCCAAAAAAUAACUCCACUGUUAGGAGUUGAAUUAACCCCACUAGAGGAGUUGAAACUCCUUGAAAAUUACUGUGUACACAUUAUUUUCAUGGAGGAAUUGUCGUAUGUGCUUACCAAAGAUUUUGUUUCCUGUGUUCAUGUUCCGUUUUAUUUUUUUUAAAGGCCGUCCAUUUUCACCUCGCUGGUCGCUGGCAUUUCUCAUUUUCUCACCGCCGGUAUGAAAUUUUCAUUUUUUUCUUAUAACGAAAUUCGUCUCCUUUGUUUUCAAUCACUCGCUCUUGCUCUUUUUCUGUUAUCAACGUGAGUGUGAACAUCAAAAAUAACGUCUAAAAAGACAUGACUUCAAUUUUUGUUGUUGUUUUUCUUUUUUCUCUUCAGUCCGAUCGGCCAUGCGAUUUCCUUCCAAAUAAAACCUUGAGUUGCAUUUGGGUUGCCAUACCUGAUUGAGUUGUUUAAUGUUGGUGUGCCUGUGGUGAGGACGGACUGGCGGUCGCGCGGUUGGGCGGACAUACGGUUACUUGACUACCAAAAUUUCUCGGAUGCAUAGGCUACCAAAUUUUCUUACCGGAGGUGCUCCGCUGCGCGCGCUUCGCUCGCGAGAGCUUCGCUAUCAUUAAUAUUAAUAUUAAUAGUAAUAUUAUUAUCAUUAUUAUCAUUAUUAUUAUCAGCAGCAGCAGCACCACCACAGAAGACCUGCGGAGCUGAUCGCAAAUAAGAAGGGAGAAAGUUACUCAAGUGCAAUUUCCUGGAUAAGAGCUAAAGUAUCUUUCGCUAUCGUACGCUCUGCGAUAUUAUGCUUGAGAGGCUCAAGAUCCAGAAGACUACAGCUAGACUUUGUUGGCUCAGAUCUACAGAUCGAAAAUAUUAGAGCCUGCCCGAAUUACUUAAUUUUUUUUUUUGUUAAAGAACUUUUUUUAAAGAAUUAGGAAUUCAGGAAUACGAGACUUUAUUCUCUAUAAUUUGUUUCUUUUUAAUAUCAGAAACGGAUGAUUCUCUUUUGUAAUGACAAUUUAAAACUCUGGACCGCCUGCAAGAGUUAUUGAUCGCAUCUGAGCUGCAAGGAAUGUAUUUUGGGAAAUCGUAAUUGACACAGUGAUUAUAAUUUUUAUAAUUGAUAUAAUUCUUAAUGUUAUAUGGUGUUUAAUUAUCAUCAUCAUCAUUAUCAUUAUCAUUAUCAUUAUCAUUAUCAUUAUCAUUAUCAUUAUCACAGGAGCCCAUCACCCGAAGCCUAUAUCUCCCAUACAGGCCUUAGAGUCAACCCUUUCCCGAGUAGAUUUACAAUUAGAACGGUUCCCAGAGGAGUCUCCUCAUGUCGAAAGUGGAAAGAGCCAAGCACAACGACGUAAUGACGGUGCUAUUGUUCUUAAUCUAACAGCAGGAAAUAGAGUGCUGACAGGCCAAACAUAACCAUAAGCUUGUGAAUCGUGACUUCAUCGUUUUGCUCCAGAACAUCCCUAAGAGAUUUUCUAUCUUUUCUUUCUAGCGGGUAGAUUAUCCUGUGGAAAAAUUUAAACUCUGACUGUGUAAAUCUCAAUUUUGGCUGUUUGUCUCACAUUAAGAGGCCAUGAAGCUGGUCUGUUCCUUGCAUAUUGAAUACUUAUUUUCUGCAGUUUAUUCUCUAUAGUUCUGACAGGAUUCGAUUUUAGCACCGGUUUUCUUCAGCCAAUUUUUUAAACGUGAAUUUUUUUAUUUCGGUUAAAUGACCCCCCAUAUUAAUCAAGAUUUUAGUUUCUUAAGAGUUUUUCUGAAAUGCGUUUUUCUGAAUAAAUACUAGUGGAUGUUUCGUCUGUCAGUGUGAUGAUUCCCUGCUAUGUUUUGUAACGCCGGGCCCUCAAGAAAAGUGAUCUACAGAUGUGAAUUUAAAGCAAAGGAUUGUAGCUUAAACUGGAGUUACACUAACUGCUGAGAACUGUCCUGUUAUUCAGUCAUAAUUCUUUAAACGCACAGUCCAUUUUGUUUUUCUUGAGAUAAGUGGGUCUUUGGACUGGAGCGCGAUGUCAUGAAGAUUACUUUUGAGUUAGCUUUACAGUCGAGCAACUGUUCUGUUCUGUUCAACUUUUCAAGUGCUAGUUUUUAUCAGGCAAGCCUCAUGGUAAUACAAGUUGUGAAGGAAGACUGCAAUUUCGGAACUAAAGCAUUCCUCGUUAGUUGAUUCUAUGGUAAUCGCUUUUGCACGCGGUGCUUCAGCUGGCGAAAUCCACUCCACGGUGAUGACAAAAAUCCAAUGUGAGUGAAGAUAGACGUAUAGGAAAAAAGAUAACGGACGAAGGACAGGCUUCAGAUUUAGCCUUCAUCCAACUUUAUUUUUUUAACGCUGACAUACGAGACUUACGGAAAUGUGACACUUUUCGCGGGAAGCAAGCCGUUCUAUUUAUAAGUCAACUCGGGAAAGGGUUGACUCAAAAAAUUAGUGAAGAUAGAGGCUCAUGGGCUCCUGGUUAUCAUAGAUUAUCAUUAUCAUUAUCUAAAGUUAGUGUGAAAAUAAGUUAGGAUAGGGCAUUAAAGUUCUAUAUAUUUUUUUAGGUAUCAUUGCUUGUUCCAUCGUCCGAGGAAAUUAAACCAAAUGAGAAGGUGCCACACAAGAUUUACCAAGUACCUCUCGAACCGGAAUAUCUCGACGAUUACAUACGGCUUGAGAUGGAGGGAUCCCGUAUGCAGGGCUAUGCACGGCUAGUUGAGUUUCAAAAUGCCUUAUGCGAAGGUGUUUUGAAUAGCACAGAGAUGCUAAAAGAAGUGAAAAAUUUUGACUUGCUUGUUUACGAUAGUCCUGCGGGAAUGUGCGGCGUCCUGGUUAGUGAACUCCUUAGCAUUCCGCGAGUGCAAGUUCAGGCCCACCCAAACUCCCCGUUUGGUUUUGAUAACAUGAUUCCCAUGCCUAUCUCCUACGUUCCGGGUCUCUUUACCGGGCUCAACGAUGAAAUGACAUUUAUGGAAAGAAUUAUCAAUUUGUUGUCAUAUCUUCUUAUCAAGACUUUCUGGAUAGAUCUUGUUUACUCUAGUGCUAUGAAUGACCAUAAGAUUCAGUAUAAAAUUAAACCCGGAAAAAGCUACCAAGAAGCGAUAGAAGAUGCUGAACUGGUUUUAAUUGCGGCAGAUUUUGCGUUGGAGUAUCCCCAACCUCUGUUACCAGGUAUAUGUAAUAAUGUAUAUUAUACCAAUAAAAGAACAAUUAAAUGAAUUAGGGACAUUUAGCUUAGUUUGUGUCUUUUUAAUGUUCUGAGAGGCCUGGGAUUAGAUGCGUAGUUAAUAAGCUACUUUUUAUAGUGUUGGCUGUUGAAUACCUGAAAAUUUUAGUGUUGUAGCUGCCUUGUAGCUGUGAAACUACUUUCCACCUAGUACCCUCCAAAAAAAGUUGUUAGAAGCUCUGUCGUAAGCAGCACUAGCUUUUUUAGGGCUCUCCAAACUUUCCCAGUGCCUCAGAGCUCGAUGCACGAACAACUGAAAGAAUGAGUCGGUUGUUUUUUUUUAAAAUUGCCUACCUGGAAGUUUUUUGUUGUUGUUGUUGUUUAAAAAAAUCAUCCUGGAAGGUUGAAGAUGAAAAAAACCACACACACACGGUAGCACUGUAGAUCACUAUGAGGGGAUAUCUAAGUACAAUAUUGGAUUUUAUUCAUCAGGUAACCGUAUGGUAGGACCAUUGAAUGUCAGGGAUACCAUUAAACCUCUACCACGUGAUCUGGAAGAAUUUGUAAGCAAUUCAGGAGGACAUGGUUUUAUAAUUGUUUCCUUUGGAUCACAAGUGGCUUCUCUUCUUUCUCGAGAAAAAGUAGACAUGCUUGCAACAGCUUUUGGAAAACUAAAACAGCUUGUGGUGUGGAGACUUAAAGGUAUCUUAUUCUUCGUUCGUUCUCUUUUGUUAUACAAAGGACAUUUGCGCUAACAGCUUAUGCCGUACAUUCUUAUUUUGCAUGUAUUCUAUCUCCAAAGGGCACCAAUAGACGUACGAUUAUUCUUUAAAGAUAGUUUAUGACCUCUGCUUUUUUCCAAUAUUCAACAGAUUCUAUGAAAGAGAACAGAAAAUCAGUGUGGGAGGUUGAAAAAAAUCCAUUAUUCUCCCCUUCUUAUGUCUCUCUUACUGUCAGGCAAAGAAUGGGGUCUUUUAAGGAUCUAAGGUUCACCUUAAGGAACGUCAGCAGUUCAUAAUGCUUUACCGGUCCAAAAAUCCCAAAUGUGGCAGAGAAACUUGCACUUAGGCGAUUAGUUUGUAGAUGGAGCCAUAUAGCCAGAACAUCAACAUUCGGCAAGGAGGUACCCAAAAACAAAACUGAACAAAAAAUUAUGGUAAUGUAGGCUAAUGAAGUUGAAACAAGGGAAAAAUAAAAAUUACCUCAGAUAAAAAAAAAUUACUGCAACGUAUAUAUUUGUAUCAUCUGGCAAUCACUCUUGAUGUCAAGAUACAGAAUCCAUAUUUUCGUAAAAAUGGGAUUCACUUAGCUCUCUUAGGUCACUAAACAAAAUUCUUGCUUGCAGGUUACAUCCCUCCCUUCCUUGCAAAAAACAUCAAAGUUAUGGAUUGGUUACCUCAGAAUGAUCUACUGGCUCACAAAGACAUCAAGGCGUUUGUGUCUCACGUGGGUCACAAUAGUCUGUAUGAGUCUGCAUAUCAUGGAGUUCCCUUGGUCUGUUUCCCUCUGUUUGCGGAGCAGCAUACUAAUGCUAAAAAAGUUGAACAUUUUGGUCUUGGUUUAGCAGUGCACCAUGACCGUACUAACGCUGAGGAACUGUAUAAAACAAUUGAGCUGGUUGAAAGUGAACCAAGGUAUUAAUAGUUUCUGUUUCUGAUCAUUGACUAAAUGCCUUUUUCGUAAAGGUGGUUCUAUAGAGUUGGAUACCGAUAAGAAGACAUAUAAAUAUUAUAUUUUUAAGUGUCAAAAAAUUUAAAAUGUGGAAAGCGAGAAUAUUCUUGAUGUGUAAAUUUUAAAUUUUCAAAUUUACUGUUAUUCAUAUUUUCCUUUCACUUCCACAAUAUUUGGUCUUGCCUUUUUUAUUUUUUUAUCGACUAUUGAAGAUGUCUACACUCAUUCUCGCAAAAAGCGCCAUAGAAAAAUAGAAUGGACGAGGUGAGGUUACGCAAAAGAUGACAGGUAAAAGAAUAUGCAGGUCGUCAAUAAGAUAUUUUGCAAUCUUGUAUGCGCUAUAUUUUUGAUCAGUCGUACUUCAAAUCAUCCAUUUAUCCUCCGUUACAUCAAGGGAGGUUCUAUGGGCUGGCCUUAUAAGCUAACUGAUAUCAUAAUUGAAUUACUGAUAACUUGCUCUUUUCAGAUUUAGACAAACUGCGAUGCGUAUAUCCAGCCUGUUGAAAGACUGUCCACGCACCCCUCUUCAAGAAGCUUGCGAUUGGAUAGAGCAUGUAUUGAGGCAUGGCGGAUCCAAACGUCUUAGACCUCAAGUGUUUAACAUUUCUUGGUACCAGUACUAUUUACUUGACGUCAUUACUUUCCUUGUUGCUCUGCUUACUGUGAUUGUAGUGACGAUAAGGUUGACAUGUAGGUACCUAUGCCGUAUGUAUUGUAAGAGAGAAGGAAGCAAAAAGAAAAAGAAAUGAGGUAAAUCAAAGAGGCUUCAACUUCGACUGAUGUCAAUCGAGCCUUUCAGUAUAUAUAACUAUAUAAUGUAUAUUAACACAGGUAACCCAGGCUCUGUGAUAGUACCACAGUACGGUUUUAGUGAAAUUACAGUGUUUGUAUGAGGUAAAAUACGAUCCUGAAAUUUGUAGGAAAUACUAAAUAUAAGUCAAUGAAACUUACCCUGCAGUUAGUUGUUGUUGUCCUUAUUGCUCCAACGAAGUUUCGUGAUAAUUUGUUCAAAUUCACUCUAUAUACAAUUAUAACAUACAAGGUAGGAGACAAGAGAUGCCAUCUUCGCCGCCAUGCUCUCAUUCAACACAACUUUUCACGGAAUUCGAACUCCAACAGCAAAUAAACAUGCCAGAACCGUAGUAAUAGGAUAGCAGCAGAUGUAGAAACCAAUGAAGCUUUCCCAGAUACAGCUGCAGAUAGAAAAACGAAUCCCGCAGACUUUGGCAAACUCGAAGGAUGUAAUCCAAAAAGGCCGAGAAUAUGCUCGCCGAAGUAGCCGGGCCAGAUCAACGCGUGACCACGAAAAUGAGGCCUGGGCACUGUACAAAAAAAAUCCAUCCCGAGUAUCCUGAGUUGACCUUUCUAGGGACUGAUACAUAGCUUUACCAAAGUUAGCCACCCCUGCUGGAAAUACAUUUGCUCGAGGGCUAUUGUUCACUUGAGACAAACUACCUGUUCCAGUUCACGUGUCAAAAUGAGAAAAAAAGCACGAAAGGUCAACCCCAGGACACCCGGGAUGGGUGUUCUCAAGCAAUGAAAUCACGCUUUUGUAAAAAUCCUAAGGACAGAUGUUUCUGUUGGUUUCCAGCGGCCAUAUUUCUGCCCCUCAAUAUAAGACACCUACAUGGCGUCUUCAUACAAAGCUUUAUAAGUUUGGGUAAAACAUUUUUUUUUGCUAAUACCUCGUAUAUUUAUCAACUUUUAUUUCCCAGAUGCAGGAGUGUAUUUUGAAUGGUUUGGAUUUUUGUUUUUGAUGGCGUGACAGUAAAAACAGUGAAUAAGCUGCCUCAGUCUGUAAUUUGUUGUUGUGAACUUUACUUUACAAGAACUUAUUCGUGCCUACAACUAAAAAUAAGGACUUUUAAACUCUAACUUAGACAGAAUUAAGUUAGGUUAUUCAGAAGUAGACAAAUUGGAACUUGUUCCUGUCAAGACAAAACAAACCAGAUUACCUUCUGUGUAUUAAGCACACUAGCUUUGACUGUUUCUGUAAGUUUGUAUUACUGAAACUUAUUCGUAGCUGAUAUAUCUUGGACCCUCUCGAAUACCCUCCGUACGUUAAUUGACUCUUUUAAUUACAUUAGUUAAUCAUUCAAAAUAGUUCGCCUUUUUCUGCGUGGCUCCAAUCCCGCGGCUAAGACUUCAUAAACAGCUUACGUUUACCAAAUUUGCAAGAUGCAAGCAUUAUAUUAUGGUAUGCUCCAGCAACCUCGUUUCUAGGCAAUAUCCGCCUCAGUAGUGCAGAGCGCUGCAAUCUCCUCGAUAUCUGUAUAAUUUUCAAAUCAUUUACUCAGCCUCAUUCAAAAAUUGUUAAUUGUACGUUUUGCUGAAAAAGUUUUGGGCUCCCGCAUUAUACGGAAUGAAGCAGGAUAUGAAAUUCCUUCACCUUGAAGAAUUUGUUAAGGGUAUUCCCUCGUAAUACUAGUUGUUCGACAGUUCUACGUCAGCCUUGACUAAGGUAGCGCAUAGCUGAUACACCCUAUAUACCAAGAGAAUACCAAGUCUCGAUCGAGUAACGUCACAACAACACAACAAUGAUCCCUAGCCCUUACACAGCACAAUUCACACAAUAGAUCCACACAAUAGUGCACAUAUUGACUUGGUAUAUAUCGAGCAUCACCCUAGCUUAUAUUAGCAACUUCUUGUACAGCUUGAAUUGGAAGCAACGAACAACGACAUUUAUAAAGCGAUGCAGAUGCAUUGCAAUACAUGUGACAUAUGCAGCAGGGGUUUGAGCCACAAGUGCGGAAGGAUAUUUCUAAAAUGUCGAAGAAUAAAUCACUCGACUUCAGAGCAAGGCUUGGAGCAAUUUUUACUUCAGUUCUCAAUUCCUUUUCGAAUUUUAGUUACGGACUUCUGCUCCAACCAUUUCUUUGAAUUGUAUUUGCAUACUUAUUACUAUCAAUAACGGUUGCUACCAGAAAUUUCAGUAAAAAAUAUUACAGAUUUUCUUUGAAAGUAGGACCCACUUAAGCGCAAACUCCGUAAAAAAAAAUUACUACCGUUAAAAAUCGGAGAAUUUGAUAUUGCUGAGUGAUAACCUUAGUUCUUUCGUGACCCUCGCGUGAAAACCGAAAAGGUUUAUGACAAAAAGUUCGUCAUAGUUCAAUGCGCAGUUUUUAAGAAAGUCGAAGCUGCACGCAGAAAAGAAGAUUCAAAAGAAACAGAUAGAGAAGAAGAUUAAAACGGAUUGGAAAUGGGUUUCCUCAUUUUGCUCACAGGUCUAACACUAGUGUUAGUUAAAGCUCAUCUCUCCUGCAAAGCUGGCUGCAGAGGACACGUGUGAAGUCAAGAAAUUCUCUCGAUAUGAGUCAAUUCCUUAUUUUAGUCAUCUUCUGGUCAUGUGAUCCUGAGAAAAUCCGAGACAAGGGUCUUGCACAAUGUAAAUAAGACAUAGAUAUUGUAAGACAUGGCGUUGGGGGCACUGAUUGUGCUGUCACUGAUUGUCAGCUCCGUCUCCUCGGCGAGGAUUGCUGGCUUCAUAGCCUUUGGAGGAUCACACUACAUUACCAUGAAAAAUGUAUUGGAAGAAUUGGCUUCUCGGGGCCACCCGGUAAACCAGUCUCUACCUUUAUGAAACGUUAUUCUUUUGUCAUGUUCAAGUUUAAAAAUUGUGUUCCCACAAACGGCUAAAAAUAAUUGUUUCAUUCGGAAAAGCGAGCUGGAUAAUAAUAAAAUGAAAAUACAACUUUGGACUCGAUAUAUUUUAGUAGUCUAUACAGAAAAAUAUGCUCGUAAUACAAUGCUAAUCGAAGACCAGUUUAUGUCUAUAAAUAAAAAGACAUGACGUCACGUCAUACAUCGGUGAUUUUCAAAAUGGCGGGCAAAUUUCUUGGUCGUUACGUUGCAAAGGAUGUCAAUUUUCCGAAUGUUUGGAUUCAUCUUUUGCCUUCUUCAAUAAGGUGGAGCUUUUGAAAAAUAACAUGGAAACAUUCGCGAUAAGGUUCAGUCGGAAAAAGUUUCAAAAGCAUCACGUGAGGAAAAGAAAGGUACCGCGAAGUGUCUAUAAAUUGGCACAGUUUGUAUGAUCGUUUAUCGCUUUCGGGCAACGUGCGAGGUGGUGUGGCAAUAUCCUGAUCUCAGAAUAGGAGGAUUAGUAUAUGAUACAUUGAGCUUAAUGUACGCCGAGUUUCAGCGAGCCAAAGUGCGUAGUUCUUCUCGUCAAUCCCUUUAAAGUCGAUGGUAUGAAAAAAUAUGGAGACGACAUCUAUGUAAUCUGCUUACAUCAAGUCACUACCUGCUGCAACAGGUUGGCAGUAGAGAUCAGUGGUAAGUGUUGAAAUUUCCUCGUUUACUUCUAACAACAGGAGACUUAUAUGCAUGUUUUGCGCAUGAAUCAACAUCAGGAAAACGUAAUUUUUUGAGUGGCAAAUAGAUAGCUCCUGAAAUACAUGCAGUUUAUAAAUUUAAUGUUCAGGCUCCACAAACGGCUGCAAACGGUUAGACUUCAACAGUCUCUCCAUAUAAUUAUUAAUGCUAGAGGGAUAACGCUGCUAGUCUAGAAUCUAUGUGCAAUUGCAUUUUACAAUAUUAACUGCAAUAUUCCUUUGAAUAAUGUUUGAUCAGGGGUGCAAGGAAUCUCUGUUGUCAAAGUACAAAAUAUAAAAAUAAACAAAUUAAUACUAAUUAUUUUUAAUUAAGAACACUAUAAUUAUGAUAGUGUUAAAGUUUAUGUAUACAAACAGAAAUAGAUUUGAGGCAUCGUUUGUGAAGGUUAUUGUUUUAUUCACUUAUUGAAACCAAUCUGUGCAACAGUCAAUCUUAAUAGACCUUGUCACGGUUUUCGACGCCAUCUUGACGAGUAGGCAAACGCGUGAGAAAUUACAGUGUUUGUAUGAGAAUCUAAUGUCGAAUAAUUUCCGUGGAACGGCUGUUCUGAAAAAAAUAUGAUUUGUAAACGAAAGCUUCACUCCCAAGGAUUCUCCUGAAAAAAUUUGAGCGCGUUACAUACCCUAGAAGACCUAGAACCACUUUUUAAAAUUUUCUAUACAUUUGUCUGUAAGAAGGUCCCGGGAAAAUUACAGACAAAUAUAUGGAAAAUCUAAAGCAAGCCUCUGGAGAAAUUUAACCACAGGUACGCCCCCAAAAUUUUUUAGGACAAUCCUUUGCCUUGUAGCUUUAGUUUACAAUUGAUAUUUUUUUCAGAACAGCCGUUUUACGGAAAUUAUUCGACAUUAGAUUCUCAUACAAACGCUGUAAUUUCUCACGGGUUUGCCUACUCGUCAAGAUGGCGUCGAAAACCGUGACAAGGUCUAUUGUUCAGGAAGUAUUGUUUCCCCAAAUUUUAAAGUGGAAAAAUCAAUUUCAAGCUUUUUGUAAGAGCCGUUAGGGGGCAGCCAGUGAGGAAUAACACGACAUGGUAUGAAUGGUAUAGCUUCCUGAAUGGCCACCCAAAGAUGAUGGUUUCCUUCAGUGAUACAGGCUUUUCCUGUUGUAAGAUCACAUGAUAUAAUUAUUGGUUCUUGAGAAACAUUUUUCAAAAUGAAACGUCUUACUUGUUCAAGAUGUGAUUAUUGCCAGCUUUUGGCAUGAGAGAUCUGUCAAAUUCCCUAUAUUCCCAAAGAUCUUGUGUUUUGACCAUUUGAAAUUCAUGCGAAUAAUCAAAUGCAUCAGAAAUGUAAGAUUUGGUCUGCAUUGCAUGUUUUUCACUUUCUGUGGGUUCAUCAAGUGUCACAAAGAACAUAUUUGUAUCAAUUAAUGGUUGAAAUGCUUUUGCAAAAUCAUCAUCACUAUUGUCACUGUCAAUCUCUGCAGUCAUGCUUUUAAUCAACUCUUUAAAGGAUUUACACUUUGACUAUUUUUUACCACCUUUUAUGUCUGAAGUUGUUUCUGUUCUUCCAACUUAGAGAUGUUAUGAUAAUGGCGAAUUGCUGUGAUGUUGUCAAGUUUAACUUUGUUGUCAGGUAAUGAGAGCAGAACUUUGUGUUUGUUUCUGAUGUCUUUCAUGAUUUCAUUGUUGUUGGAAUGAAUUGGCGUAUAAAAUGUUGUUGAAACACCAUCAUUAUUUGCAUGAUUGUUAGAUUUGAUCUUUUCAAGCAUCAGCAAGUAUAGACUCUCCUUUUCUGGAAAUAAUGGCCUUGAUCCUACAAAAGUUGCUUUUCCAUUAUUCCACAAACCAUUAUACACGUACCAGCCACUUUUACAAUUUCUCUGAGUUGAAUACAGUUCACAAAAAUAGUGAACAUUAUUCCUGAAAUUCGGUAUGUGCAGUGAUUAACUUCCAUGUUGCAUUUGCUGUCUACUGGUAAACUUGGAAUAUGCUUUUUACUAGGAUUGUGUGUGCACCCCACAAAAAAUUAUCAGGUGAGUUUACAACAGUUUUUGAUAUUGUUGUAUGGGGGCAUUACAAGUGUUAGGCUGAGGAAUGAUGGCACAAUCAGAGUUUGCACUAAUUGCCAACACUGAAUCAUUGCCCAUCAGGACAGAGCAUUUUGAAAGUCCUACAAAAUUGUUUAAAGUUAAUUUAUGUUGUAUAACUUGAAUAAUAAUUAUUAUUGAUAAGUUCUUGGGAGUUCAAGAGGAAGUGAUUAUCUAAAACAUCAUCGGUACUAAUUGAAAAAACACUAUGUGUGUGGCUGCGGCAAGAACUGUGACUUCCAUUCACAUUGGUACAAGCUUGAGCAUAUCUGGUUUUUAAUGCAAUGUUUCUUUUAGAUGAUUUGGCAUUGUUUCUGUAAGCCUGUAUAUAAUGGAAUCAAGGGCAGCCUCUUUUCCAUAGGCAUAAUAGGUAUGGCCAUGAAUAGUAUUGUCCCUUAGCCACCUCCACAAGUUCAUUUUGCUGUCGUGAAAUUUUUUAUUUUCCCUUAACGCAAAUGAACUGAGCAGUUGUGUCAGGCCUUCCCCUAGAUUACUGUUUGGAGGACAAUUUAAUUGAUGCUUGAAUGCAUGAUAGGCUACUUAAAGAAAAGUGUCUUGAUGGCAGCUGUUAUGUAUGCCAUAAGAGCCGUAUUUGUAAGACUGGUAUGCAGCUAAGGCAUUACACGUACUUGUCCUCUUUAACCGUACCUCACAGGGACUAAGUUUACACUUCGGAAGUGUAAACUUAAUCCACUCAUCUUCCUUACAGCCCUGGCAUUUCCGAGGUAUUUUUGUUUUUUGUUUUUUAUUAUUGUCAUUAGGCACACCUGCAAAUUUCUUCAGGUCAUCAUGAGAAAGAGCAUCUGUGUUGAAAUGAAUCGUAUGCAAGGGCUUUUCAAAGCAAUUUCCUUCAUCUUUUGCUUCAACCCAGAGACAUCUUCAUGCCAUGCUGGCUCAAAUUUUCUUGAUGCAAGGUCCCAAAAUUUAUAGUAGCAAUUCUAUGAGAAAGACUUUCGUGCCAAUUGGUGUCCAGACAACAUAGUGACAUCGUUUGUUGAUGUGCAAAACAUUUCAAACAUGAUUUGGGGUAUAUGAUUAAUGCAAACAUUUUUGUAAGGAAUAGGUUUUCCUCCCAUGAAAGGGCAUUUUAUUUCAAUGACAGUUUUUAAAAUUCCAUCGUGUUCAAUUAUACCAUCUGGAGAGGAUCCUAACCAUUCUUGGUUGUCUCCAUCCUUUAAAAGCCAAAUUCCGGUUUCUUUUAUAACCACUCCAUCUUUGUCCUCCGGAAAGAAGUUUUUAAGGUAAGUGGCAAGAGCACUAUCUUCAUUAAUAGAUUCCCACAGCAUAGCAAGAUUUGAUUCACCUGAUUUAGUUGGCAAGCCAUGCAAAUCACUUAAAAUUUGAUUCCAGUCAUCAAGCAUUGCCUUUUUGCCAUACCCUCCAAAGGCAGUUGAAGCCUUGCUUCCAUUAAUUUUUCCUUUGCGAGAAUUAAACCACUGACCACUCCUCUGUAGAACUGAGGGUCAUCAUCACGAGAGGGGUGGUGUAGGAAUGGGUUGAUAACAUUUAAAAUCAUUGACACUCUUAGAUGUUAAAGUACCUAACAGCUUUGCCAGAGAUGUACUAGCAGGGUUACCAUGUGUGCUUUAUAGGUGGAGGUUUGUUUUGCUUGAUUUUAGACAAAUGCUGUGUUUUGUCACUUUUCUUGGGGCGUGCUGAUCAUAAUUAUGUGGGCUUGCUGUCCAUAAUAAAAGCACUUCUGUUGUGCCAACCACUCUGGUUCAUGUCCUUCAGGGUACUCUGCUGCCCAGUGACCUAGCUUUUGGCAACGAAAACAGGUGUCUGUUGGUUGUGCCGUGGAUGAUGUCUUUCCUGUGUCCAGUUUUGUUCAAAAUUUUUUCAGCAUUUGUCUAACUGCAGACUCAUCCUCUUCAUGUUUGGGUGCAAGCCCAUCUUUUGCCAAAUAUGUAACACACCUUCUCUUUGUGAAUUUACAAACAAAUGUACACAUGUAGAAAGAACUUGACACGAUGAAAUGAUUUGAGAAGAUGAAAUGUUUAAUUUUUGUAGUAGCUCUUUCCAGUAGAAACAGAGGGCAUUUUCCUCCUUCAAUUUUUCUAUUGCUCUCUGAAGUGAGGUAGGAGACCAGUUGCCGGUAAAGAAAGAAGAUCUUAUGAAGUAGUCAAGUUUUCUCGCAAAUAACAAAACAUGCACGGGGAUGAUGCUCUCUGGCAUGAAGGGCAGUCAGUGUGGGUUGUGAAGUUCUUAAAAGUGUGGUUGGGGGGAGGAGAUCGAUGUAUUCUACUGUCUGUUUCACAUGUCUAGACAGCUGUCGCUCGUCUGCAGCAUUGUGAAAUGUUUCAUCAAAUUCCCACCUGUCAUUAAUGACACUGUCAGAAUCUAGCUUAUGAGCAAAUGAUUCCCUGAUUCCCAACCUUCUUUUUCACUGAAUACUGUUGUGUUUUCGCCAGAUGAGGGUUUUUGUUUUGAUAUGGAAGUGAAAUAAGGUUGGGGAGAGCAGUUAAGUCAUAAGAGCCAAAAUUUCCUUGCAAGUCUUUCAUUUCUGAGGACAGAAGAAGUUGGGUUUUUAGGGAGGCAGCUAACACAAAAAAUUGUAGUGUGGUUGGUUUCCCCCCUGAUAUCCUGGCUCGUUGUAAUGAAAAGAUGCACUAGAAUAUUGGGAAUCUGAUGACUCAGAUGAACUGUCACUUUCAUCUUCUUCAUUAUCAUUAAGAUCUUCAGGUUCUGUGGCGAGUUCAGGACUGAUAUUUAAGUCCUCAAAUCCAACCAAUUCUCCUGUCCAUUUACAAAGUACAAUCCCUUCCUUUAUUGCCAUUUCAUCCCACUGAAUACCUCCAAUACCCUUACAACCCCUUCUGGUCAUUUCUUGAACCAUAAGUGUUAAAUUAUCCUUGGAGAUUGGGCUUGUUGUACUUGUCGCCUGCCAAUAUUUUUUUGAUGGUUUCCCAGGACAGAAUUGGAAGAAUGCUUUGGACCACCUCGUAACCUUUUUUGUGACAUUUGCUUGCUAUCAUGCAGCUCCACUUUAUCACAAGAGGGUUAUAUCUCAUACCUUUAGGGUGGGCUUUUGCAAAUUCCUCCUCCUGUUUCUUCAGUGAGGUUAAAGUGUCAGUAAGUAGAGCAUAGAGAACAGAAUUUUCAACAAGCCAAUGAUUUUCAAUUGCAGUAUCCAUUACUUUAGCAAGCUCAGAUGAUUUGGGUUGAAAAUUUUUUGGUGCUUUUACAUUUUUUUGUUUCUCCUUUAGGUACAAACUGUAAUAUCGUUUUGCUUUUUUUUGGCUUUGGGCAACCACUUUGUGUAGAUUUUUUGCUUUGGCUAUGAGUUCAGCACGUGAAAGAGUACUGAGUUUAGUGUGUGAAUCAUAGGCUGUUUUAGACUGAAAUGAUUCAGAUAAAGGUUUUGUUUUCCAACGAAAGCAAGAUCGUAAAAUAUCUUGACAUUUGUUGCAUCUGGUUUUUGAAUGGAGAGGUAGUUUGUAGGUGCAAUUUAAGCUCCUGAUGCACUUGACAAUCUCUCCAUCUACAUUUGCUCCUUUUGCAUCCUCAAAGUAUAAAUUUGUUUCCCUUUUUCUUUCAGCCAUAUUGACAAGGGCUGGAUCAUAUAUACCAGGACAAACUGGUAAGUUUUGAAUAGUUUUAAGCAUGACACCCAAAGCAGAUUUUAAUACAAUGUACGUUUUCUUGAAAAAUAUUGUGUGGGAGUUCCCCACGGUCAAUUUUGUUACCCAAGAAUUCUACUGUAAAUGGACAAAAAUCCUUUGAAGGAAAUGUUUUUAUUUCGGAAGGAAGAAAAAGGGUUAACUCCUUCCACUUAGUUAUUACAACACCUUUUCCGAUAUUUGGAAGAGAAAAAGACAUAGAAACGUUCAUAGUAUUAUCUGUAGUGUGCUGAGUAAAGGACACUGUCCAUGGAAAAAUACAUGAAAUAACUGUUUGAAGAACUGUAUAAACUGGCAGAGGUGAUGACUGUACUUCAUUGUCAUUUCCUGCAUCUACUGGUUCUCUUGGAGCAGUUUGUAUCAUUAUUUCAUUCAACACAUCUUUAAAAAUACCUGCUUUAAAGUUUAAAGCAUCUGACACAGCAAAUUCUCUAUCCAAGACCAUUUUUUCUGAUAACACAUUGGCUUGUCCCUUAGUUGGAUUAAUAGUUGUUUCUUCAAAAAACUCAUGCUUGUUGCUGUCAUUAUCUGUUGUUAUUGUGGAAAUUGAACUACCUUGUUUUUGGUGGAAGAUGUUUUGAGCUUCUUUGUACUCAUGCUCUAUUUUAAUGCAUUUUAAAUAGACAUGCAUAAUAUUAUGUAGUCUGGAAAAGUUCCAUCACAAGGAUCUACACUAGACAAGUCAUUAUGUAAAUCAGUCUUAUUGCCAGUUCUUUCAUCCAAAAAAUUGCAUCCCACUGAAAACGUAUUUUUAAAAAUAUUUAUGUGGUGUUUCUUGCAGGGAACACUACUCAGGCAAACCUUGUUGCCACAUUGUGAACAAGUCACUAUGCAUGGUGUAACUUUCAGGAUGCCCAGCUGGGCAUCACUGCGUGAUCUAGAGGAGCUUUUCCCGCUAGGAGGUUUAUGCCCUCUUGCUGAUAAACUGCUGUAAUGUUUAUCACAUACCCUAAGAUCUUUGAGAUUUUCAGGUGUAACAACAUCAGGGGCACAUUUCAGUUCAUACCGCCCAACCAUACUAUCAAAUUUUCUUGAUCCUGCAUCAUUUUCACAUCCCUUCAGACAGCAUUGUACACCUUCCAUCAAUCGCCCAUGCAUAAAAACUGUUCCUCUUAUUUCUUCCAAAAGUACAAAAUCAAAUAAAGGCUUUCCACAGCAUGACAACCAGUACAAAUCACUUGUUAUUCUGAAUUUAGUAUUUAUUUGAGAUCUUAGAUCUUUUAUUGUGGCACAUGGUGCAAAAGUGAGGGUGUGUGGCUGGCCUGUUAUAUCAACAACUUGAAUUGUUGUUAUCAACCUUUUAGAUCUUAUCAACAUGGUAAAGAGGAAACCAGGGUGAUGUAAUUCAAGCAGUUUGGCACAGGGAUAACUUAGAAGUACACCAAUUGAGAGAUAUAAAAUUGGAAAAAGGAGUGGCAUUUCUGUACAGGAUCUGGAACUGUCAUCAAAGGUCUCCCCAAAUAUAAUAAUAGUCACAGCAUAUAAAGCCACAAAGAAUGAAAAUGGGAGUGCAGAAAUUAUCAGCGAAAAGGCAGCAGUUGCCAAGUAAACAGGAUAUUGAAGCUCACAUUUUAGAGAACAAUAUUUUGUAAUGCCAAAGUUCAGUAAAAAACCAUGAGAAACAAAAAUACAGGUGGUCAUUAGACAGGAGAAAAAAAGCUCUGAUUUUAAUCUCCAAAAAUAUUGUACCAGUGAAAAGUUGAAUUGAGGCUUUACAUGUAACAAAACUUUGUAUACUGGAUCAAGCAAAAAUAGAAAUAAUUUCAAGAUAAUAACAGCAGGGAAUAGAAGCAUUUCUAACAAACAAUUUAAAGUUGAUCUAUACUUGAUCAUUUGCCUUAAAGAAACCAUGCACAAUACUUUCCUGUAAAACAUAAAAGUCAGUGUAAAAAUAAUGGUGGUUAAGGCUAAAAGGGAAACAAGGAAGUUUGAGAGGUUUAAGUUUUGAAUUACCCUCACUUUGAAGUGGAUAAUAAAAAAGGACAAAGCAGAGGAGACCAACAUUUUUACUAAAUGCAAAGUCUUAUUUUGUAACUCAAAGGAGUGAGGGAUUUGUGUUUCCAAGAAAAUGGGGGCUUUGAAGGGAUGCAGAGGGCACAUGGAAGGUUUGAAAGGCCCUUCUCAAACUCAUUAAUAAUUCAUAGAGAAAAUUCAAAGGAAAUUAAUGUUUAAUGAGUGUUUGGAUAUCAGAUGAAAAACUGCUCAUUUUUGCAUCCUUAAUUUCUCCUUCAAAAAUGAUUUUGUUUGACUUCUUUAUAGUUUGUAAGCUGUGUCUGUUUCAUCACCAGAUGAAACACCUCGAAGUUCGUCAAAAAUACUCCGCUGCGCGUCGUAUUUUCAACUCUCUUCUCGGUGUUUCAUCUGGUGAUGAAACACUACGUCUCAUGAUUGAUAUAUUACAGGAAAGAUAUUGAAAUCACUGCAAAAACAAUAUGAACACACAGAAUAGCCGUCACAAGAUACACAAUCUUAUGAUUGUGAGGACUAAAAAGCCAAGCAAUGUCAAAAUAUAAAUCAUACAACAAGAAUCCCAGUGUCAAAUAUAUACACAAUAAAAUAUUUUUAUUCAUCACGAUGUUUUCUUCUUUUAAAGUAAAUAACUAUAUAGAUUUAUUUUUUCUAAGCUUGCGAGCGGGCGGAAUCCUUCAAAUCCUGCAAUCUGAUUGGUUCCGAGAGCGGGCAGUUUUUUACGAUCUCGCCCGCUAACCCGGGCGGAAUCGUUGGCAGCUUCAUUCACAAGUUUGUUUGUUAUUGUGAAUGAGCAAAACCGGUGAUUUUAAACAAUUUUUCUUUUGAAACGUGCGCUAUUAUUAACGUUAGCUGGGGAAAAGUGAAUUUUGUUACUCAGACAAAACAUCUGAAGAGGCAGGUACAAAAGUCGGACCGGAUCAACUCGGACCGCCAGUCCGGGUCGGAUCGACUCGGAUCGAAUAAAAAAAAUAAAAAUAAAAUAAAAUUGGACUAGGAUCAACUCGGAUCAUAAAAAGAAAAAUAAAAUCAAUCGGCGUCACUUACCUUUCACCCGCCAUUUUGUUUUUUCUCACGAACUCAGAUUUUUUGGGCAGCAAAAGAAAAUUUGGGCAAAGCCAGGUUUUGGGGGUUUCUUGGUGUUGCGGACACCAAUGACGUAAUACAAAAGAUUGAAAAGACACUGAACAAUACCCACACCACAACACAAAAGCUAACCAACAAUAGUUUCCGCAACACCAAGAAACACCCCCAGGUUUUAAAGACGUUUCCAUGUUAUUUUUUAUUAUUAUUAUUAUUUUGAAGAGAUAAAUAUUUUCUAUUUUAAUCUAAAAAAAAACUCCUGAAGUCGGCGUAAUAAUCCAGUUACAUUCUCUCAAGAAAUUGGUUGCCUAGCACGUGAUGAGUUUCUGUUUAUUAGGGAAGGGUAUCAUCUGUUGAUUUACAUAUUAUUUUAUAGUUUUUUAUUGUUGAGCACUGUACUGCACUGCACGAAGUGGAAUGGGCUCUUUCCAGUCGUGUGUUGAUUAGAAUAAUCUUCCGCAUACCUUUCUAGAAUCAUCUCCGCUCGUAGAACAGUGUAUGGCAGAUAGCAUCAGCAAUAGGUCUGAAAAUGAAGAAGUGGCUGACUAGUUCUCAGUUCGAUAACGGCCAGACAUCAAGAUUUUCCAUUUUUACCAUAUUUCUAACGAUAAAACUUCAUGCCAAAAUAUCCCAAUAACACUCUCACAGUUUCCGCUUUAACUUCACGAACAUCGAGGUGACUAUUUGAGGAAAACGUUUGCGUGAACGAUUUGUAAGAACAGUUCCCAGUGCCGAGAAAUAUUGCUGCAAAUACAAUAUGCAAUGGCUUCAUUUCGUUGCUAUGACAACUCCGAUGUCAUUGCAUUCCUGAUCAUAACAAAUUUUCAUCUUUACCUAAUAAAACUGUUGUGGCAAUUUUUCCAAAUGUUUGUCUAGGACGACGUAUUUAUGCUCAGAAUUGGGAGGUAUUGACCCUGAAAAACUGUUACGGUUUCGAGCCACCUUCAUAUGUCAGUACGGCCUAUGUUGUUGCAUCGUAUGGCCCUCGUAUCUUGUCGACUGUACGUUUCGUAAAAAUUUGGGCAACUUGCGAGAAUUUUGUUUGGCAAAUGGUUUACCCCCCCCCCCCCGGUAAAAAAAUUUCCCGUACGCCAAUGCACACCCCCCCUCCCCGGAAAAACUUUAAACUGGAACGGGGGGAAAACCAUCCCCCCCCGGGCAACGCAAACUUUCCGAGCGUGCACCCUACGUUUUUUUGAUCAGGAUUGGGGGGGAUGUAACCCGAAAAAUUUUUACGGUUUUGGCCCCCCCUUAUUUUUCGGUUCCGCCUUUUUUUGUUCAUUGUUUGCCCCCCUUUUUUUUUCCGCUGUACCUUUUAUAAAAAUUUUGGCCACCUUCGAAAAUUUUUUUUUGCAAAUUGUUUCCCCCCCCCCCCCCCCCGGUAAAAAAAUUUCCCGUACGCCUAUGCACACACACACUUCCAGUGAACACUUUCAACUUGAAAGGAGGAGAAACCAUGCCCACCCGGGACAACGAAACUUUUCGGACGUUCUACCCACAGAACCGGAGGGUCGCGAGUUCGAUUCUCGCACUGGGCAUGAAAAUUUCCUUUGUCCCGGACGAGCAUGAUUUCUCCUCCUUCCAAGUUGAAAAUGUUCACUGGAAAUGUACGUGUGCUGCUCACUAGUGUAUCAUUAAAAUCAAGUUUCAGAAGUCCUGCAGAAAAAAACAAACAGGACUGGAACACUCUUCAGUCUGACACCUCGGAAACUAUCUAAAUGCGAUCAGGAGACCAGGUUUAAAAAAUAAGCAAAUAUAUGCAUUCUAGGCGACUUCUUUGGAAUGAAGAAAUGGUCGAGAUUUUACCUUCCUCUAGGUCAUCUAUAUCUGUGUCCUUGAAACAGAACGCGCGCGUCGUGUAACGCAACCGCGAGUUCGUAACAUGAUCCGUGAGGAACUGGCACUAGUAAAACAAAAUGGCAGCUGAAAGCCACUGGAAAAAAAAGGAUUAUCUGGCCUUUUUUACCCUUUAAAUGGGUUAAACUUUCAGUUUUGCUAAUUAAAUUAUUUUUUUGUUGUUGAUCCGAGUUCAUCCGAGUCCACUUUUAUUGUAUUUUUAUAUUUUUAUUCGAUCCGAGUCGGUCCGAGCUGAUCCGACCGGGACAGGGUGUCCGAGUUGAUCCGGUCCCACUUUUGCACCUGCCUCAUCUGAAGGGAGAAUCAAGCAAGUCAGCCAGGAAAACUGCUAAAGUAAAGCACAACAGGCGGCUCGUGAUGUCGCUUCACUAGUUUUAUAACCUACGCUGUAAGUACUACAAUCUUGCUCUUAUGCACUGACAUUUUUCCUCUGUUUGUAGUUUGUUUUCCAUUUUUGCUGACUGAGUCUAGAUUCUACCGUUUUCAUUGAAUUUUGCCACGCUAGUUUUCUACUUUUCAGAAAAGGUUGUUGCCAACAAUUGCAUGUAGCUUUCAAACAACACGGACAACUUUUCCAGCAGUUGGUUAUCGCCGUUAUUAUUUCUUUGUUUAUGUACUUGUUUAGUUAAACCACAUCCCCUUCUUUUAUUCGAAUUCACUUCAAAACCCUAAGAUUGGUAUGUGUAAUUAGCUCUUUUUGUAAAGCCUAUGUGCAGUUUUUAUCCCGCUCGAUUGAAUUAAUCUUAAAGUAAAUAUUCAGCCGAAGAAAAUCUUUGAUGUAUUUUCUUUCCUGUGGCUUUUAAGUUCGUCAAUUCUUUUAUCCUUGUUUGACACUCAGGUUAUGAAUUGUCUACCAAGACACAAAAACCUUUGUUUAUUCUAAAAGAGAGCUUAAUUGUGAUAAUAUAAAUUACAAGUUAAAAAUGAUGUUGUAAUGUUUUGUUUUGGUGUUCAAUCGAUCGCGCGCUUCGAAUAACAUCGACACGAACGCGUCCUUCUUCAACACACAUAGGUUGGAGGCUGAAGUUAAAUUUUCCUGAAACUUGUCAAUCUCAGUAGGAAAAAAAUAAAAAUGUUAUUCACCGGCCUAGGUCUCGGUCCGUAUUGGGAGAAACUGAGCCCUCGGUCUGAGUACCGCCCUCAGCGUACGGCCUCGGGCGGUACUCAAGACCCAGGGCACAGUUUCUCCCAAUACGGACCUCCCAGCCGGUGAAUAACAUAUAUAUAUAUGUUAUAUAACUAUGAAUAUGAUCUUACUUUAUUAAUUUUCUCACUAAAUUAAUUUUUCCUUUUUAAAAUAAUCUAUCUUCGUGAAUUAAGCUAUGUACUUUUUAUUUAAAAUAUUUUUUUCUGUCUCUUUUAUAUGUCUUUAAUAUAUUUUUUUUCUCAAGUAAUAGUCACACUAAAUUAAUUAAUAGAAUAAUCUUUUUAGAAGGCAAAUACAGAAGCCAACAACACUGCUAACAAGUAACAACAACAAUUACCAGGAAAAAUUUAAGACACAAGACACAAGCAAGUAAAAUACGGGGAAAAAGCCAACAAAAACCGGCAGACAAAUGCAAAUAGCAAAUUUUAACAACAAUAACAAAACAGAAUAAAACAACCAACAGCAGUAAAUUUUCAAAGCAGAAAAGGCUAGCAAUUACUUUGAUCAAAACAGAGGGGCACCAGAUUAACCAGCAAACCUUAGACACAAGCAGUAAACAAACAAGCAAACUUAACCCACAAUGACAGCGUUCAAGUCCGCAAAAUUUUUCAAUACCCCAGACAGUCAAGAAGCCAAGAAACCACACGCGAUUCAAAACAGUAUCUUCGCAUUCAAAAGGAUUGAUGAGCAAAGUGGCUCGUUACAUCAACACAAAUCAACUAUCGUAUCAAACUUCUGUUAUUAAUGAAUUAAACCUCUUCUUCUGAGGAGAUUUGGUUUGCAAUUUAAAGAGAAAACGGCUGACGUUUAGGGUGGUAUUAUCUAGUUCCGAGUUCAAAAUGGCGUCCACGCCACUGACCCGAAGUGGAUUGGAGUAGAAUUUAACACAAACGUGUGGACAAAGCAAACACAGCUUUUACACACAAACAAUAUAAGCAACAAAGUUUGCACACUUACGACAAAUUGUUUUACAAACGCUGAACAAAAGCCUGUAUUAGCCCUAUCUUUGUUUAACUUCGAUGACUUCUCCACGCUAAACUGAUCAAGCGACGCGAAGCUCUGACUCGUUGCUAUGUGACGUCACACUUUCAUUGAUGACUAGACGCCUCCUCCCUAAUGCUUUAGAUUAAUUUGUCAUGUCGAAUUUAGUAAAAGUGCGAACUUUCAUGACGAUUUGUCGUAAAGAUAUGGUGUCUGCAACUUGGAGGAUUUUUACCAGGAAAUGUCUUGUCCGGCUGGCCAUUAUUCGCCUGUUAAGGAGCUCAUUUUACCGUUAGUUUGCGACGAACCCUAAUGAAACUUCGCAGUUUUACUAAGUUCGGCAUGAAAACUCGAUCUACGGUGGUGAUUUUUUGAAUAAAUGAAAAACAUUAAAUGGCAAUUUUGCGUGACAUGUGGCGAUCACCUGUGCAGAUUGUGUGACAGCAGUAUUUCACAUCAGCGUGACGGUUCAAAGCAGCAAUCCGAUGAUUAGUAAUGCAGUUAUAGACAGUUCGUGUACAUCCAAAACAUCCUCCACGAUUUUUGGGGGGAGGAGGAGGAUGUAGUAAGGUUGAGCCAACCGGAAUUGGAAAUUGUUUUCCGUUGUGUGUGUAUUGAUUGUCAAAGAAUAGCCCAUUUUACAGUUACAGGUGGAAACGGGGCAGGACUUGACCUUGUUUUGAUUCACCCCUCCUGCUUAGUUUUGUAAAACAUGUUGUUCUUAGGCUAAUUAGUAUUUUUAAGCACAAUUUACAUUUGAAAAGGUAGGAGGUUUGUAUCAAAACAAGGUCAACCUCAGACUUACGUUCACUCAAAGGCUAGAACACUAAGCACACAACUGUAAAAUGGACCAGUGGCCUAUUCACACUUUUGCGAAGUUAAAUACGCAUGGAGAUUAGUUAGGAUAAGGUGGUCUUAUCUAUUUUUCAUUAUUUAUUAAUUUGUUUACAUCAUUUUAUUUAUUUCUUCCAUCCGGAGCCGAGGUUUAUAAUAUUAUUUUAUAUUAUUUAUUUUAUAGGUAUCAGUACUCGUUCCAUCCUCCGAAAAAAUCAAGGAAGGUGAUGGGAUAGAACACAACAUUUGCCAGGUGCCUCUCAAACCUGACUACAUGGACGAUUACAUACGGCUUGUACUUGAGGGAUUUUGGAAACAGGGAAUGGUGAGGUUAAUGGACUCCCAAAAGGCCUUAUGCGAAGGUGCUUUAAAUAGCACGGAGUUUCUGAAAAAAGUGCAAGAUUAUGACUUGCUUGUUUACGACAGUCCCACAGCAAUGUGCGGUGUGCUGGUUGGUGAACUCCUUAGCAUUCGGCGAGUGCAAAUUUUGCUCUCAGCACUGAACUCCCCGUUAGGUUUUGACCACAUGAUUCCCAUGCCUGUCUCGUACGUUCCCCGUCUCUACUUGGGAUUUUCUGAUAAAAUGACAUUUAUUCAACGAUUUAUCAAUUUGGCUUCCUACCUUGGUGAAAAGCCUUUGUUUGACAUUUUGUUCGGUGGUAUGAUGAAUAGCCUCAAAGUAAAGUACAACAUUAAACCUGAAAGAACUUACCAGGAAGCAGUUGGUGAUGCUGAACUGGUUUUGAUUGCAGGAGAUUUUGCGUUGGAGUAUCCUCAGCCUUUAUUACCAGGUUUGAUAUAGGCUAGUUACCAUUUGUACGGACAUUCAUGAUCAAGUGAAAAAUUUCUAACAAAUAAUAGUGGUAUAUUCUUUCGCAUCGAAAACACAAAAUGACAGGAAAUUUCUCGCUUUCUCUCGAAGGAAAGCAUGGUACUCUGGUAAUCCACGCAAACGGUGCAGAAAGGUUUUGGUCGUUUUAGUAAAAGCGAGAAAAAGUAAUACCUCGGGUAGUAUUACCUUUUCUCCGCAUAAGUUCCAUCGGGAUGAACUCUCAGCAGAAUUACCGAGUUUUCCCUAAAAAUGGUAGGCAUUAAUAAUGUCUAUCAUAUAACAAAACCUGUUGAUACCGAUUGCUGGGAAAGGAAUAUGCCAAAUUGCUAUUACUGUAGCUAGAUUUCUGCAAAGAAUAUCAUUUGAUAUGAACAUAAACUUAACCUUAAAGUCGGCUUCUGACGUGACAUGUAAAAGUAAAUACAGGUUCCACAGCAGAAAUCCUUAUAGCCUCCCACGCAGGCGUUUUUAGGGGAGCUCGUCUUUCACCACUCUCCACAAGCGCCUCCUCAACCGAAAACAACAUUCCUUUCCCAUUGUUUUGUUUGCUUGGUAAGUGACCAAUCAACAGUUGUGCAAUAAAGUGUUGACAGGCUAAACGCGACUAAAACGGGACCCUAGAGUUACCGUUUUCCUUCUUUUCUUUCCUUCGCUGAGGUUAUGCAGUGCAUGGAGUAUUCUAAAAUUUGACAAAAUCUUAUUUUUGCCGCUCUUAAUCUAACAUUUAUUAGAGGUCAGAAAGCUUUCCCAGUGUUUCUUGCAGAUCGAGUAAUAGACCUUUCUACCGAUACGGCGGACAUAUUGAAUUAAUUCGAUUUAAGGAGUUAAUUCGAUUUAUAGGAUGCCCAGGGGGGCAUGAGCACAUUUCGUUUGUAUUUUCGAGCGCUUUUCGGGACUUUUUUUCUUAACGUUUUCUUAGAUUAAGAUUGUAAUGGGAAAAAAGACCCUUGUGCCGUGUUUGGAUGUAAUACUGAUCGCCCUUUUUUAGUUUAGUAUUAGAAAUAUGGUCUUUCACUGUAUAUUUCUCGGGAAAAAGGCGAUCAUUAUUACAUCCAAACACGCCACAAGGAUCUUUUUUCCCAUUACAAUCUUAUUCUAAGAAAACUUUACGAAAAAAUGUCCCGAAAAGCGCUCGAAAAUACAAACGAAAUGUGCUCAUGCCCCUCAAUAUGGCCGCCGUAUCGGUAAAAAGGUCUAUUAUCAAAUUACCUUUCGGUCAAGGUCAACUUUCCAGAAUUUGGAAAGUACAAUGUGAUUAGCUAGGCAUGGGAAAGGUUUAGCAGGCGUUUGUGGGAAGGGAUGAAAAACGAGCUCCCCUAAAAACGCCUGCGUGGGAGGCUAAAAUUCUAUAGCUUACCAGUAAGAUAAGGUAGUUUUCUUCAACAGGAAUCCAUAUGAUCGGACCCCUGAAUGUCAAAGAUACUGUUAAACCUCUACCACGUGAUCUAGAAGAAUUUGUUAGCAAUUCAAAAGGACAUGGUUUUAUCAUUGUUUCCUUUGGAUCAAAUGUGGCUUCUAUCCUUCCUCGAGAAACUGUAGACAUGCUUGCAACAGCGUUUGGAAAGCUAAAACAACUUGUGGUGUGGAGACUUAAAGGUAACUUAUUCUCGGCUUCAUUCUCCUUGGUUAAAUGAUAACGUUUACCCUUACUGUUCAUGUGCGUAUGUAUUUCCCACAUAUCCAUCUAGCAAGCCGCGUUCAUCAAAGCAACGAGCUAUUUGGAUGCAGUUUUCACUUCUUUUGGUAGUUUAAUGUCCCUUCUUUUUGAUUUGGGGUUGUUUUCAUUUCCAGUGUUCAACACGUUUUAAGGAAAUGGACAAAACGGUUAACGUAAGAAGUACUUUCCAUUAUUGAUUAUAAGUCCACCAAAGAAACUUAACCCCAGAUGAGGAAAAAGUGGCUAACACAACCACUCGUUACAGUUUUUAAUAGUUUUACACUAACAGUGGCAAAGUGGUUUAAAUAACAAAAUCUGCACUCAUUACAGAUUAUAACAGUUUUAGCCUAACAGACGUGUGUUAAAACCCCAUACCUAAGAAGGAACUGUCCUAGUUUUGAUCAUUUUUGUCAAUUUCGAAAGGUAGCCUUUGUUACACAGACCCCAGUGAGGAAAUAUAUUGAGGCCUAUAAGCCUUUGCAUUUAUUAUGAGGCUUAAAAUGCAAUAUCCUAUAAUUUUCCCUAUUAUUAACUGAAAUUGAUAUUCUUUCUUUCUUUCUGUCUCGGUCAAUUCCAGGUUUCGUAAUGACGAAUGUGACAAGAUAAAAACCGGGAUUAAUUUUGACCGAGUCAAAAAGUGGAAUGAGGACAAGGGCCCCACCCCCUUCGCGGUCCCUCAGCAUAAGCAUUCACUCCUUGGGUCAAGAUAGGGGAUAAAUGGUUUUCUUAAACGUGGCAUUGCCUCUUUUAGGUGGUGAUCAGUUCUUAUAAAAGGUUGUUAACAAAUUACUUUCUUGCAGGCUACAUACCUCCCUUCCUUGCCAAAAACAUCAAAGUUAUGGAUUGGUUACCUCAGAAUGAUCUACUGGCUCACAAAGACAUCAAGGCGUUUUUCUCGCACGUGGGUCACAACAGUCUGUAUGAAUCUGCAUAUCAUGGAGUUCCCUUGGUCUGUUUCCCUCUGUUUGCAGAGCAGUAUGAAAAUGCUAAAAAGGUGGAAAAUUUUGACCUUGGAUUAACAGUGUACCAUGACCGUACUAAUGGUCAGGAAUUGUCUACAACGAUAGAGAUGGUUAUCAGUGAACCAAGGUAUUGAUAGUUCAUGUUUUCUCUUGUUUCUGAUCAUUAAACCAUUGCCUUUUUUUUAGAUGGCUCUAUUGGAUUGUUCGGAGACCUAUACAGAAAUGUGCUGAAUACUGUGCUAUUCAAAAAUGGCUUUAAAUCGCAGAUAUAAGGGAUAUUUUUGUGUACCUUGCACAAUUGAUUGAAGUUUCCGUUGAACGUAACUAACGUUUUCGGAAAAACGUUUCCAAACCAAGAAGUUAACGUCAUUGAGUGAAGUCUGUACGUUUGUUUUCUAUUGUUUGUUAUUCAUAUUUUUCCCGCCACCACAACAAAAAAAACCUUGCCUUUGCAAAUCCACACCUAUAUUAAGUCUUGCUAAAACAAAUUCUCCCAAAAAUCUCGCAAUAUUUCGGACCAAAACAGAGAACUGACUGCAUGAUGUCGAGUUUAAGCACUGAAAACAUUUAAGUUUCUGAAAAGAAAAUUUUCCGACGUUUUUCAGGCGCUAUAUUGCUAAUUAAUUGGUCGUGAAUCUUUUAGUGUUGUUUUUCAGAAGGGCAAGCUUUAUAGGUUAACGUGCCGUUUAGACGGUUCCGGAAAAAUUUUUGAUCGGUCAAAAACUUGCACGGAUCGGCCUUUCGUUUACACGGGACCGACGGAAACGUGCAAGUUUUUGAACGCCAAACAGUACUGCAGUCUUUAACAGAAUUUGCAUGGUUUCGUGUAAACGGGUUGCAAAGGUUAAAAAUUUGUCCGUUCAAAAAAUUCUCUGGAUCCUUAUCAACGGAGUGUAAAUGGCACAGAGCUGUAGUUGAAUUAUCGGUGCCCGUUUCUUUUAGAUUUUAACAAACUGCUAAGCGUAUAAAGUUUAUAACAAGAGGAAUUGUGAAACUGCACGCAUUUUAGGCAUCCUACACUGAUGAACGAUUAUUACAUUUACAUUAUUCUUUAGCAGCAAUUACUUACAGUCUCUUCCCUUCGAAUUGCUAAGUUAAUGUCCAGCUCCGAAAAAUUUCCAUACCCAAACUCUCAUUAAUCAGCUUGAGAUUAAUGCAGUCGACAGUUCGAAGUGGCGCAUAAGAAUUGCUCGUUCCAAAGUCUUUUCGUUAAAUUUGAAAGAUGCAAAUUGUACAUGUCUGUGUCGUUUUAAAUUUGCUCCUUUUAAUUUUGUCAGAGCGCAAUCUAAUGAAUCCUUCACUCAUGAUAUUCGAAAGUAAUGCUUCAAUUUACUUCAUAUGAAACAUUGUCAUGAAAGGAAGCUCUGAAACCUGGCUUUAUCGAUUUAGGGAUUGAAAUGAAUUUCAAGUGGCUCUUUGUCUUUCAGAUUCAAACAAACUGCAAUGCGUAUAUCCAGCCUGUUAAAAGACCGUCGACGCACUCCUCUACAAGAGGCCUGUGACUGGAUAGAGUAUGUACUGAGGCAUGGAGGAGCCAAGCAUCUUAGACCUCAAGUGUUCAACAUUCCUUGGUACCAGUACUAUUUACUUGAUGUCAUUGUUUUCCUUGUUUCCUUGGUUACUGUGGUUGUAGUGGCGAUAUGGUUGACAUGCAGAAGCCUCUGCCGUUUGUGCUGCAAGAGCAAAGGAAUGAAACCGAAGAGGGAGUGAAAAAAAUCAAUUCCCAGAAAUCUAAACGAACAUGCGCAAUGGAAAAUGACACUUAGAAAAUAUCAAGGCAUUUUACAUACAGGGAAAACACAGACAACUAAAAUAAAAUCGAAAACAAAUAUCCUUGAUUGAUUCGAUCAUAUCCACCUGUAUAUUCAUACCAUUGUAUAAGCACUGUUGUUCCUUUAAAUUAAAC